GGGCAGUGGCCAUUCAUAUGGGGAAAGAGUUUUGUGCUUUACUGCCUUUGGAAAAGGAAUGCCUGCAGCACAGAGAACAAGCACUAUGGAGCUGUUGGGCAGAGUCCUCCUCUCUGUGGCUUUGUUGACCCUCUGCUGUGUCCACGGUAAUGGUACAUUCCUCUUUGCUACUCUUUUCUGGCUUGCUUGCUCCCUCAGAGCAGCUGGGGACAAGUAGAGGUUCCUGGCUAGGAAAAGGUUUGCCUGCUAUACUGCUUUUUCUUGGGCUAUACUAGAGAGUGCUUCAUUGCCACACAUGCAUGGACUGGCUAAUUGCAUGACUAGAGAAGGAAGGAAGAAGGUUAUUUCUUAUGGAUCUCAGUGUAUUCAGAGAAUAAUAUCUCUUGCUGGUCAGCUCUUCUGGAGCUCUAGUAUUUGAGAGUGGGCAGAUUUAUUUACCUAUUGCAUAGGGCCCUUAGGCAUGGUCACUUAGCCUAAUUCACCACAACUGGUAGCUCCUCGAACACAUCAUACCUCCUGGAGAUUAACCCCAUCAGACCUUUUAUUACAAGCAAAGAAUAAGGCUGCAUUUCUAAGCACACUUACUAGGAACUAAGCGUCUUUGAAGGUAGUAGAAAUUGCUUCGGAAUACACAUGCAGAUAUUUGUACUGUUAAGAGUGGUAAGUAUUGUUCAAAGGAGAUUGAAACAGGUAGAGGAGUAAAACUGAGAGGGGAGUGUUGCAUUAUUGAGGUCAUUUUCCAAUUUUGUUCUUUUUUAAUUUUUAAUUUUGAAGGAAAGGGGACAUGGAGAAUAAGAAAAAAAUACACAGAUUAACACAGAUAUCAUUGGGACUAUGCAGAUCUAGGAUUCUUUCUUAUUUUAACUUCGGAUUCUAAUCAUUGUAUAUCAUUCAAUCAGUUUUUGCAGUCUGUAGUACAGAAUUGUUGUGUUUUUUACAGUCUACAAUAUUCAGUUUUAAAGCAAAACAAAGGCUGAUAACCAGAGAACUGGAGCUGUUAUUUGAAAAGACAGUAAUUCCAUUUGACGCUAGGAAAUGUUGUUUUUGCAGAAGGUGCUGUUUUGUGCAGUUGUCUCCUUUAAAAAGAUGCAAAGUCUAUACCCUUUCACAGAUAUAUUAUAAAUAGACCAGUUGAUUGAAUGGUUACUAACCAUGUAGCUGAAUGCCUGCUGCUAAGUAAUCACAAGUAUUGGAUCAAAGUCUUUUCCUCCGCUUACUCAUUAGAAUGGAAAUAAACAGAAGCUUAGUGUGGCAUAACCCAUGUUGUUGGGCAGGCUUGCUGCUGUUCAAAAUGUUGACAAGGAGAUUGGCACCAAUGGUAUCAUCACUGAAAGGUCUGCUUUCAAACCCAUGUCAUGUCAGCAUACACUCUGAAAAUCCUCAUUGGAGCCCCAUUGGUGUCCUUCAGCAUUUAGAAGAAGGAGCCCUGAUGCCAUGGUUAAACUUUGAAGGGGUUGUAUGACUUGUGCAAUUCAAGAUGGAAAGGGGUCAAUAGCAGCAGAAAGAGCUCGGUGUCCUGGUUAUGAGAAAGCAGGGGUAGGGAAAUUGGUCGAUUUCAGUUCUUCCACUCUUCAGCUUUCCACAUUUCCUCAUCAUUGCAAACUCUUUUUUAAAAAAAUCAAAAGUCAAAGCAUCGCAAGAGGUGUUGAAAUUUUGGGAGGUUGGAUAGUUACAGUGGAAUGGUCUUGAGGGUGGGGUGCACAUUCUUACUUUUAUUUAUCAUUAUUACUUUGUUAAAAAAAUCAAAAGCAUUUUAGUGCAAAUUUAUGCCAAUAUACAUGUGUUUGUAUGCAAGUUUGCCUAAUACGGUGGUACCUCAGGUUAAGUACUUAAUUCGUUCCAGAGGUCUGUUCUUAACCUGAAACUGUUCUUAACCUGAAGCACCACUUUAACUAAUGGGGCCUCCCGCUGCCGCCGCGCCACCGGAGCACGAUUUCUGUUCUCAUCCUGAAGCAAAGUUCUUAACCCGAGGUACUAUUUCUGGGUUAGCGGAGUCUGUAACCUGAAGCGUAUGUAACCCAAGGUACCACUGUAUACUAUUUUUGUUGAGCAAUUCCCCCCAUUAUAUGCACUUUUGUACAUGUUACUUGGCUGCAGAACUGCAUUGCAAAAUUCAGAGAAGCGUGGCUUUUGAAAGAUGACUUGUGUUGGUUCAUGUAUUGUUUCAGCAAGUGCAAGUGCAAAGAUAGGUUUACCUUUAAACACAAAUGAAAUCUAAUUCCCACCACCACCCACCACUGCAACCUGGAAAGUGCCCCCUGUUGGUUCUUGAUGUCUCUCCCCUGCUGUGGCCAUGCUUCAUUUUCUACGUAUCUCUCUUCCUUCCAAAUCAAUGGCUGCACCUUCCCCCCCCCUCCCCAAAGUGGUGAGUAAUUACUACAGGUUGGGGAGGUAUAUUUCAGCCAGGGCAGGCCUUCUCCAUUAGAGCUUCUUCCUAACUGAGUUCAGAGUGGAAGGGUAGCCAAAUGACAACUUUGGAUAGUGACUUAAACCAAACUGCCUAAUGCUGAGUUUCAUGACACCCCACAUCCAAAACGAAUCCCCUUUGCAAAUCCCCUUUAGCCAGCAUGACUAAACUGCUUCUGGCAAACCAGAGCAGCGCAUGGAAAUGCAGUUUACCUUCCCGCUGGAGCGGUACCUAUUUAUCUACUUGCACUGGCGUGCUUUCAAACUGCUAGGUGGGCAGGAGCUGGGACUGAACAACGGGAGCUCACCCCGUUGCGGGGAUUCAAACAGCUGACCUUCUGAUCGGCAAGCCCUAGGCUCUGCGGUUUAACCCACAGCACCACCCGCGUCCCUUGCAAAUACACACCCCAUCCCUAAUUGUACAUAAAGAUAUCUAUAUUGUGUGGACAAUGCCCCUAGCAAUUAGUAACCAUUGUCCUCAGUUCUUCUCUUCCUUGUUGGCAUAAAUUAGAGCAAUAUUAAAACUACUUUAGGAAUAAUCCAGUCCUUAAGACAUGCUGCUAAUAAGCAAAACCAUUCACACAAUUACCCUAAUCCUAUUUGUGUUGACCUACUAGCAUCUUCCAUAUUUUUCAUUAAUUAGAGAUUAAAAUGACCUGACCUACUUAGAGGUUUUAUCCAGCUCUUUGAAAGGCAGUAUAUAUAAAAAAAUACACACAUACACACAUAUUCCUCCUUUGAAUAUAUUUUCCACAGCUUUGUCCAAUCAAGGUUUUCACCACAUGGUUAUUUUGGGUGAUAUUCCAUUUAAACGAAUGCUAUGACUGUUUAACAAAAAUAAAAACCCACCCCAUUGCUCUGAGUAAUGGUCAUCCCAUUUCCCUUUAUCUAGUUUCCAUCCUACUUUGGUUUUUGGCCUUCUGAUGCUUUGUGAGGUUGUUGUUUUUUUUGAAGUUGUCAUCCUCAGCUGGGCUUCUCAGCCCAGUCAUAUUGAGAAAGGGCACAUCCUGCUAAGAAUGGGUGACCCAACUGCAUCCCCACAAGUCAUUGCUUUUGAUAAUCAGUAAUAGCCAUGUGUGGCACUGUGGGUUAAACCAAAGAGCCUAGGACUUGCCGAUCAGAAGGUCGGUGGUUCGAAUCCCCGCAACGGGGUGAGCUCCCAUUGCUUGGUCCCUACUCCUGCCAACCUAGCAGUUCGAAAGCACGUCAAAGUGCAAGUAGAUAAAUAGGUACCGCUCCAGCGGGAAGGUACACGGCAUUUCCGUGUGCUGCUCUGGUUCGCCAGAAAUGACUUAGUCAUGCUGGCCACAUGACCUGGAAGCUGUACGCCGGCUCCCUUGGCCAAUAAAGCGAGAUGAGCGCCACAACCCCAGAGUCGGUCACGAAUGGACCUAAUGGUCAGGGGUCCCUUUACCUUUUAAUAGCUAUGUGUAACAUUCUACUAGAUGCUUUCUACAAGCAUGGGCUUCCUUUACAAAGCUCUGCAUGCAGCAGGCUGUUAUCUCUGCCAUUUUAUUCGAAGUAGCCUCAUAGAAAAUGUAGGAAGCUGCCUGACACCAAGUACACACCUUCCAACACGACGCAGGGAAAAACCAGGAUGCCAUCUUCUGGGGCCGCAUUCCCAUGCAAGUCAUGUGACCUGUGUGAGAUCGUGGCCCUGGGAAAAGUACUUUUUGGGGAUGAGAUUGCAUCCUGAAAUCGCACAAGAGCACAGGGCCCAAAAUGGCCAUAAUAAUUUAAAAUUCAGAAUUAAAAACAGUUAAAUUAGGUUACUGUCACAAGAAUAGGCUGGGUCCUGAAAACACACGAUUCCAGCGUACAAGAAUGAGGCUAAAUCCCAGGUUAGGGCAUCUGGUGAGUUUAGUUUCUUUUCCCCUCAGCCUAAGUCUGUCUCUCCAGAUAUCACAAAAAAGUUCACUCCACAGCUUUUGAAAUGGCUUUACCAUAAUCCUUUGGGCUGGCCAAAGUGUGCUCACCUGAACAAGUAGAUCUUUUAUAUGGAAACUACAAGUGAUUCUUUGCUGAAGGGACUAGUUGCACACAGAGAAUGCUGUUCAUCCCAAGAGACUGUGGUGGAAGUGCCCCUUCUGCUCCUUCAACAAAGCUGCUCAUCCCUGCUGCCCAAGAAUUUCAGGCAGCUUAUCUUUCUGCGAGUUUAAUUAAGAAGAGAGAGCCCUGACCAUCCAUCAAAAUAAACUUCAGUAUAAGCCGUAGGAUUUCAAUGGGGGUGGGGGAGAGAGAGUGAUAAUGUCAAGAGUUUGGAUUCAUUAUGCAAUGGAACCCUUUUUCUUUCAGGAGGGCAAUGCGAAGCAAUGUCAGAAGCUGCCUCAUACUUCUUGUUCACUCAGCUCAAUACAGCCUGCUCUGGCAUCAGCUCUCCAGGGUCUCAAGCAUACAUCUUCCCCUUCUUUGCUACUUGGUAUUUUUCUGUGGCGGUAUCAGAGACUGAACUUGCACCUUUGGUUUGCAAAGCAUAUGCUCUGUCACCAACCUGUGGUCCUUCCUACCGCAUUGACAUCCAUCAGACAUUACUUUGUUUCAUCAUUUAGCUAUCUUCUACCAAAGGCUCCUCACAUGUAAUCAUCAUCUGGAUGAUUUGAAGUUCUAGGUGUGUAUUUUCAGUGUCCUGUAACGUGCCAUAUUCCACAUUUGUGUACAUAGCUUUGGGGGACGGGACCCAGACUAACCUGGGUCAUGGCUCAGUGGCAACACGUCUGGCUUGCAUUCAGAAGGUCCCAGAAAAACUAGAUAGAACAGUAGACGAACUCUUGUAAGGCAGGUUCCUACGUUCCUUUCUUUACAAGGGAAGGACCAUGGUAGAGCAUCUGCCUUGCUGCCGUCUUCCCUGUGGGUCCCUGCAGGAGUGCUAAGGUUUCCCAUUGCAGAUUAGCAGCCAGAACCUUCGAUGUAACCUGUAGCUAUGUACUUCAUAAAAGUGUACAAGCAGAGAUGCCGCCUGACAGUAACAUUCCCUUCCCCUGAUCUAGGAUAUUUUGACGUGUGAUGCAGCUGUUCAUACACACUCAGAGCACUUUGUACAUACAUUGUUCUUUUUUUAAAAAAAAUUUAUUUGGUUUUUCAAAUUAAAAUUUUACUGUCACAUGUCCAACUUACAACAUAAAACAAGAUUCCAAGGAAUCUCCUUGACUUACCUCCUCCCCUCUGUGGGUCCUAUUGUUAAUCAUUUCUUCCUGCAUCUUUUAUGAUCAUCCAAAAUCUUUUACCUCUCCAUUGUGUCCAAAACUCACCAUUAAACUACAAGUGAUAUUCCAAUCCUACUAACGAUUUUAACUGUUUACAAUGGUUUCUAAGAUAAGUUAUGAUUUUUUCCCAUUCCUUAUUAAAAUCUUGGUCUUCCUGAUUUCUGAUUCUUCUGGUCAUUUUGGCCAUUUCGGCAUAAUCCAUCAACUUGAUCUGUCAUUCUUCUCUGGUUGGGACUUCAUCGUCUUUCCAUCUCUGGGCCAAUAACAUCCAUGCAGCCGUGGUCACAUACAUAAAUAGUCUUAUCUGCUCCCUUGGGAUUUCGGCACCUAGAAUUCCUAAAAGGAAGGCUUCGGGGGGGGUUAAAGGAAAGGUUACUUUAAACAUUUUUUUCAACUCAUUAUAUAUCAUUUCCCAAAAUUCUUUUUACUACCUUACAUUUCCACCACAUAUGAUAAAAGGUGCCUUCUUUUUCCUUACAUUUCCAGCAUACAUUUGAUCACGUUUUCUGCUAAUUUGCUAGGAGUUAAAUACCAGUUAAAUACAUCAUGUUCAUAAAAAAAAAAUUUUCAACAUGUAACAUGCUGUGAAUUUUAAAUCCCAAUUCCAUAACUUCUCCCAUGCUGUAAGUUGUAUAUUAUACCCAAAGUCUCUUGCCCAGUAUAGUACAUACGUUGUUCAAAGACUCAUUUUAAUGGCAGUCACAGGAUGAGCCCAGACAGAGGUGCCAUCUGGGGAGCCGAGAGGCUGAAGACCUACCCAAAAAAUUCAAGGAGAGGGCUGAGCCCCCUCAAUAUUCCACAACGACUGUGCACAUGCUGGACAUGCACAACAUGCAAUGUGCUCACAUCACUCACACACACUGCAUGGCAUGGCAUGCUCGCGUCACUCACGCAAGCCAUGCGGCAUGUGGGCAACACAUCAGCACGUCACAUGGCAUACGUGAGUGACAUCAGCAAGUCACAUGGCCCGGGCCCCCUCAAUCAUGGGGGCAAGCCAGCACGCUUGAACCCAGAGAUCACCUCUUUGUCCAAGCAGCCACUAAACUUUAGACUCGAGUUUUCACUUUCUGGAGAAAACUGAGCAUAAAUAAGUCUGUAAACAGGAGUGGGCAACCAUCUCGGGGGGGGGGGGGAUGCAGUUGGAACCACAGUAAUAACUCCUGACAUGCUACCUCAGUUCACACUGACUGUUCCUCAUAUGGAGAAAGGUUGCCAUAUCCGCGAACAUGUCUGUGUGAUGGUGUGGAGGAAUUCAGCAGAGACGCUGUUAGGUAAAGGCAACCCUAUCAUUUCUACUAACUGACACGUUCUGCUACCAUCUGCCAAUCAAAACCAGCCAUCCUUUGAAAUUCUCACUUCUCCAAAUUUUGUACAAAAAUGCAUGAUAUAGGGCAACGUGUGCAUAGAAAUGCAUAUAUUAGUGCAAACAACAUGCAAAAAUACAUUAUGUUUGCUUUGCUAAAAUGUGUGCAUGAGGCAAAAGUGCAUUGAAAACACAUAUAUUAGGAGACAUUUGCACUAAAAUGCGGUUGGAAUUUUAUGAGGAUCUUUGGGGGGGGGGGAAAUGCCACAAACUGAUGUAGAAAUGUGCAGAACCUAGCUAAAGACUGGGGUGGUGGGAGAAACUAAGAAGAACCAAAAUGGACCGAUUUGCACAUGUAAGAGAAGUCAGCGGAUGGGGUGGGGUAACAGACUUCUCUUGUGUAGCAAAUGAUGGGCAGUGUUCUUUUUGCAUUAUUCGGUCGUAUCUCGGUGUGUUGCUGGCUUGACCUUGCAGCUGCGACUGCAAUGCUCAUAUUUUUAGCAUAUCCUGUUAUCUUUCACACACUCCCUGCAGCCACACCCUCACCGCACUUCUCCCCCUGACACAUUCCUGGAAGUGACUGCAUUGGGAUCAGGGAACAGAGCCGGACUCCCACACGAAGCUUUCCGUGGGAAUGUUGCUAGUCACUUCCACCAGGGAUGGCAAAUCCCUGCCGAAUCCAGCCCAAGAGAGCCUUUCCUCUCAAUGCUUGAAAAGAUGAAGCUGUUGCAGCUAAAGGGAUAUCAGAAAAGCACAGGCUAGGGGAGGACUAAGCAGGUGACUGCUAAAUAGAGGAGGCCAUGAGAGGAUGGGCAAUCUUUCUAUCACUGUAACAAAUAAGGGGAACAAAUGAGGGGAAGGGCCAUAGCUCAGUGGAUAGAGCAUCUGCCUUGCAAGUGGAAGGUCCCAAGUUCAAUCCCCGGUAUCUCCAGGUAGGGCUGGGGAGACCCCUAUCUAAAACCCUGAAUAGCUGCAUCCAAUCAGUGUAGACAAUACUAAGCUAAAGGACCAAUGGUCUGACUCAGAAUAAGACAGCUUCCUAUAUUCCUAUGACAGCCUUCCCCAACAUGAGCCUUCUAGAUACAUACAUACAAACAUACAUACAUACAGUCCAGCAACAUCUGGGGGAACCACCCUUGAAUUAAAGCAGGCAUGAGGAGCCCUGGUCAUCCCUGGUCAUUGGCCAUGCUUGCUGGGGCUGGUGGGAGUUGCAGCUCAGCAACAUCUGGAAGACCACAGGUUCCUCUCACCUGGACUAAAGGAUUAGUCCCAUCCCUAAGCAAAAUAGCUGACUUGUUGGUAACUGCUCUGUGAAUGCUCCUAGACAGACAUUCAUUGUCAACUCUGCUGCUCAUGUGUGCAAUUGUUGUUGGGGUUUUGUGCAGCAUCCACACAAUACUGCUGACAUCAAAAUGCCAACCCUAUUUCUCCCCAGACCAUUCCAGAUCUACCCUUUCCAGGGAAAACCUCUCUCUCUCUCUCUCUCUGUGUGUGUGUGUGUGUGUUGCCAACCACCCAUUUACAAUAUGAAGCCCCCCUUGGAAGCCCCCUUCCCUCAUCCUUGCUCUUUGUCAUCAGCUUGCUCCUCAUCAUCCUUGCUCUUCAUCAUGGACAAAGAGCUUUAUUUGGAGCUCUUGAGUGGACCAGAGGAGUAAAGUUCUCCCUCUGGUCCACUCUGAGGCACCUAGUCCAAGUGGCACCACUGGGAGAGUAAAUGGCUAUCUUUCACUUUCUUACUACUAUUAUUAUUUAUUAAAUUUGCUUACCGUCCUUCAUCUGCAGAUCUCAUUGCACAGGAUGUGUCCUGGCUGAAGUGGGGACCACGUUUUUGAAAGACCCGCCCAUUUCUUCACUACCUAUAGGAAAGGGCUACUGACAUAAAUAGUAAGCCUGCUAAGAUAGGGAAACAGGGCAGAAAGCAUCAGGUAGAGAUAUCAGAGAAUUAUGCAAAAGAAAAAGGCAUUGCUGUAGUCUGUGUGUUCACAUCUGCAGUUUACAUUUGUAGUUAGAAAUGGAAAUCAGCCAAGUGGCUACAAUUGUUAUUCAUUGAUAUAAUUGUUUUAAGUUCAUACAUAAUUAACUAUGGGUUUUUUUCUACAUUGAUGUUCCCUUUACAUUGAAAUUAAUGUAAGUUAUAGAAUUUACAUAGGGAUGCGGGUGGCGCUGUGGGUUAAACCACAGAGCCUAGGACUUGCCAAUCAGAAGGUCAGCAGUUCAAAUCCCCACAACGGAGUGAGCUCCCAUUGCUUGGUCCCUGCUCCUGCCAACCUAGCAGUUCAAAAGCACGUCAAAGUGCAAGUAGAUAAAUAGGUACUGCUCCGGUGGGAAGGUAAACGGCGUUUCCGUGUGCUGCUCUGGUUCGCCAGAAGCGGCUUAGUCACGCCGGCCACAUGACCCAGAAGCUGUCCGCCGGCUCCCUCAGCCAAUAAAGCGAGAUGAGCGCCGCAACCCCAGAGUCGGUCACGACUGGACCUAAUGGUCAGGGGUCCCUUUACCUUUAUAGAAGUUACAUAAAUACUUAAUUUAUGUAAUUUAUAUUACAUAGUGGAAAGUGAGAUGAAUAAUGCAAUAUUGGAAGAAACUGAACUGCAGCAGACCAGAAACAGCGCCGAUUGUGAUGAAUACAGGUUGGAAUAGAAAUUGCUGCCUUCUUACAUCUCUACCUGUAGGGAGCAACCCCCAUCUUACUGAGUGUGACUUUAUUCAGAGUAAACAUACACAGGAUUGUUCUACACUUCAUUUAAGGGUGAAUAAGCUAUUAAAAUGAUUACUUAAAAAUUGCCCCCCAACAAAUCAGGGGCCUUAACAAUAAACAAAGUCUCUGAAAUGACAUGCUCUUGAAGGGAGAGGCUCACAACUAAAGUUGCUUAAAAUCCUAUAAACUUCAGCUUCUUCUAUAGAUGCAAACCAGCCUUUUCAUCCAUUCAUGAAGUAAUAAGAUGGUUCGAAUGUCACAUAAUUUUCUCUGCCUAUGUGAUUUCCCCAAACAUCUCCUCCUGUGCUGCUAUAUAUUUUCUGCAAUAAGGAUUGCAAUUUACAUUGCACAUUUGCACCGAAAAAUUCAGACCUGUCAUCACUGGCAAUGGCUUUUUUCUGUGUCUGGGUUUGCUACUAUAAUUUGCUUUUCACACUGUAAUAACUGCCAUAUAAUUAAGCUUUUCAUAGUGGAUUGACCCCUUGCACAGCAAAGUCAAUGUGUUGAGAACAGGGGCUCUUAAGUCUAUUUACUGGAAAGAAAUUAUACGAAGCCCAGCUCUCCAUAUAUUUAGCCUAGCUUCUUUUGGCUAUGCAGCCAUGCUAUCGACUUCUGCUUAUAGGUGCAAGUCCAGGAAAAAGCUUCCACUUAAAGGCACCACCCAAUUCCUGUUCCUGCUUUGGAGAAGAAAAAGAGAGAGAGUACAAUUUUCAUAAAGAGGAAGCAAACUAUUGCUCUUUCUGCAAACUGGUCUUUUCCUAAAAUUACAAACCUGGUAUUGUUGAUUUAAAGCAGAGUCUCUGGUGCCCAGCGGAAGGAUGAGAAAUACGUGCUACAUACUCUGUAUUGCUUUAUUUACAGUUCAAAGCUGGUAUAUUACAGAAAGACAUCUUGCCUCUGCAGGAGCAGAGAAUGCAUCCUCUCUCCUCGACAGCUCGGAGAGAAUCACUCGUGAUAGACUGGAAACCAGUGUACGUCACAUCCAGUCUCCCUUUCCCGUGAGAAACUCCAACAGUACAGACUGUGGAAUGUAAACACCUGUCUCGUGACAAGCAGAGCUGCACAGUGAAGGAAAUAGAAACCAACAUCCUCCCCCUUUCUGUGAACAUCACUGGGCAGCGUGUUCGUACAGUAUCAGUACAAACCCAACUUCUGCACAUAGGUACAGUGUUGAUCCCUUGAUACAAUCUUGGACAAUACAUCAGCAGGAAUUUCAUUACCUGGUAUAUAGGACACCGUUACGAGUCCCUUCUGAAUACAUUCCCUAGCAUGCUGCAACUUUAAUUGCAAGUGCUUUGUGCUUUGCUUACAACCAUCAGACUUCAGCAAAGCCAAACAUGCUUUGUUGUCCUGGUAAACCUGGAUUGGACAUUUGACAGGAAUUUUCAUAUCUUUGCACAAUUGUACUAACCAUUCACAAUCCUUAAGUGAAUAAGACAGUGCAUUCAGUUCGGCUUCACAAGUAUUUAAGCUAACUGUUGUUUGCUUCUUGCAUGACCAAUCAAACAGACUCUGAUUGUACAUGUAGCAAACUCCAGACGUACUUUUCCUGUCUGUAGCGUCACUUCCAAAACUUGCAUCUGCAAAUAUCUCAAGACCACCAGACUUCUGAUUGUUAAAUCUCAGUCUGUAAUGCAUAGUGCCUUUCAAAUACCGCGCUAUGCGUUUCAGAGCUUUCCAAUCCUUGACACUAGGAUUGUUGACUUGUCUGCUUAGCAAAUUACAGCUAACAGCAAUGUCUGGUCUUGAACAUCUGGCAAUGAAGUUUAGCUUGCCUAGCACACUCCUGUACAGUGUAGUGUCAGAAAAUGCUUCUUCAGUGUCAUCUACCUGAUAACCUGUUGUCAUCGGUGUGUCUACAGGGUUAGCAUCCAUCAGAUUUAGUUUGCUUAACACAUCAGCAAUUUUCCGUGACUGGUGUACUAGAAUGUUACUAUCUUGAUCUCUCUCUAUUUCCAGAGAUAGGUAGUUGUUUACCUCACCAAGAUCUUUCAUGUCAAAGUGCUCUUUCAGUUGAGCUAGGGCGCUAUUGUACAUUGCAACAUCUUUCCAAAAGAAUAAUAAAUCAUCAACAUAAAACAAACAGUACAGUUUCUUUUGCCCCUCCUCUUUGACAAAUACACAUGGAUCAGCUUUCCCUUGCUGAAAACCUAGAGAAAUAAUACUUCAGUGAGUUUUGUGUGCCAACACCGUGCACUUUGUUUGAGACCAUAAAGGAUUUCUUCAGAGCACAAACAAAUCCCUGUUUUACCUGUACGCCAUCAGGUGGAAGCAUAUAAAGUGAUUCAUCUAGAGAUCCGUACAGAAAAGCUGUAUUAAUAUCAUGGUGACUAAUGUGUAGAUUUUCCUCUGCAGCUAGCUUGAGCAUAAGCCUAAUGCUUUCAUAUCUCACUGUGGGUGAAUAGGUCUCGUGAUAGUCUUCACCUGGUACCUGUGCAAAACCUCUGGCUACCAAUCUGGCUUUGUGUCUGACUAUCUUGCCAUUUUGAUCUGUCUUCGCUUUGAAGACCCAUUUGCUUCCAAGCAGUUUCAUUCCUGGAACUACUGGAACUAGCUCCCAUGUUUUGUUCCUUUCUAAGGAAUCAAGCUCAGCCUUCAUGGCAUUUAACCAUGGCUCAGCUUCCUUCGAAUCCAAACCCUGGAUUUCUUGGAAACUUGAAGGUUCAAAUACCUUCUUGGAGCUUUUAACAGCUGUUACUGCUAUCUUAGCAAACUCAUCAGCAAAUCUCUUUGGAGGUUUGCCUUUUGUGGCUCUCUGUGACCUACGAAUCAGCCUUAAGUCUUCAACACUCUCCUCUUCCUUCUUAGGAGAAAAACGACCUAUUGUGAACAAUGGUUCCUCCAAUUCUUGAUCAGAGCUUUCAGAGGGUCGCAUAGAGGCUUUCGCACUCUUGAAAUCCUCUGAAUCACCCGAUUCAGUUUCAGAUUCAGACUCAGAACCUUCAUCAGUGGGUGUGGGCUGUUGUGGUUGCUUUUGACUAUCCUCAGUCUCAUCACCGUCAUCAGGAUAACAUUGGAAAAUUCCCACAUUCUCCCCCACUUUGCAUUGUACUCAACACUUCUCGUGAGCUUAAUUGUCUUAGAGUCAGUCAUCAUUAUUCUGUAAGACCCUUUCUGAUAACCUAGAAAGAUACCAUGCAAUCCACGCUUGUCUAACUUGGAGUUUUGUGGUGAGCGAACCCACAUGUCAGAACCAAAAAUCUUCAUGUGUUUGAUGUAUGGCUUCUUGCCAAACAUCUUCUCAUAGGGGGUACAACCAAUCGCUGAAGAUAACCUGCGAUUGUAACUGUAAACAAAACACGAGAGAGAUUCGGCCCAAUAACUCUCUGGAAGAUUGGCAUCAUGCAGCAAGGUUUUUAAGCCUUGAAGCAAUGUCUGAUUUGCCCGUUCCGCAAGUCCAUUCUGCCAUGGCGAGCGAGGACUAGACAAAUCGUGUUGAAUUCCUUUCUCAGUCAGAAAAGCUUCAAACUGCUGAGAAGUGAAUUCCCCCCCGCGAUCACUGAAAAGAGUCUUUAUCUUCUUACCAUGCACAUUUUCCAACCAAGCACAGAAUUCCUUGAACCUAGGAAAAGCCUCCGAUUUCUGCUUGAGAUUGUACACAAAAAUAUAUCUAGAAAAUGCAUCAAUGAGAACCAUGAAGUAUCUAUUUCCACCCAAAGAGGGCGCUAGUGGUCCAACCAAAUCAGCAUGAACAACCUGGUAUGGUUCUGUAGCUUUCCUACUAGACACCUUACCUUUCGCAGCCAUUUUCACCUUGUUUGCUGCGCAUGCUUUGCACUUCAUGUGGUACCUGCAGGGUUUAAUAGUCAUACCUUCAACCAAGGCAGGCAUUUUAGAUACUGCCUCAAAAUGCAAAUGACCAAAUUUUCGAUGAAAAUCGUGAAUACAUUCUGCAUGCAAACUUUUGUUAGAACCUGCAAUGCAACAAGUGUCAUCCUGCACCACAUCAUCAUAAUACAAAACAAACAAAUGAUCAACAUAUUCUGCAUGCAAUACAUAAUCAUUUUUCUUUGUGAUGAUGCACUUCUUGUUCUUGAAGGAAACGUCAAUGUUCCGCUCAUUCAGCUGUCCAACGCUGAGCAGAUUAUGUUUGGCGUCUGGCACGUAAAGCACAUUCUGUAUCGAUAAGUCCAAACUGUGAAGAACAACAGUUCCGUAGCCUUUACUGGGAAUAGUGUGGUCAUCCGCCUGGUGAAUCGCACCUUCCUGCGGUGUAAAAGACACAAACAGUUUCUUAUCAUUGCACAUGUGGUGGGUGGCCGCUGAAUCAACAACGAAGAAAGAUCUAGACGUCUUCUGGACCUCUGCAACCUUUGGAGUGAAGCGUGAAACCAUAGCCUUGUGCUGCGUUGUCCUAGACACCGGACCUUUGCCUUUGCCUCGGCCUUUUCCGCGCGAUGAGCUUUCGCUGCGCUGCUCUGUCUUGGCCCUGGGAUGUCUGCAUUCCCUCUUCAUAUGGCCUAGACGUCCACACGAGUAGCAUUUCACUGCCUUCAAAGCUUUGGCGCCAUCUGGUGGUUCCACUGCACUAUGGGAUGACGUCUGUGAAGACUCCCCUUGCCCAUGCAGCUAGCACCCCGGCGAUCUGCUUCAUUUAAAAUCACGGCAGUAACAAAGUCCACUGUCAGCUGAGCAGUUGGUUGCACAGCAAUCUGGGUUGCAACAGACUCCCAACCUGAACCCAAAGAUUGUAGUAUCAUGAAAGAAUACACAGCCUCUGGAAAGUUGAGUCCUCUCUGUUGCAGCUCAUGUCUCAGAUUUUGCAUCUGCAUCAGAUGUAAACGCACAUCUCCACCUUCAGCAAGAGCCAUAUUGUGCAGCUUGUUAAAGUAAAACAUAGUGGAUCCAGCUUCUGUCCUUAAGUGAGCCUCUCUCAGAGCGUCCCAAAUUUCUCUGGCUGAGGUCUUAUCACGCAAUAGACAGAGCUCUUCUGGGGAUACUAUCAAUGUAAGAGUUCCCUUGCUUUGGAAUCCUUAGCUUCCCAUGCAUCUGUAACUGGAACUGGGGGUUUCUGUAAUCACCUCAAACAAACCCUCUUUCCGCAGAAUUGCCUCUGCAUACUGAACCCAGUCGCUGUAAUUUUUCUUGUUGAGCUUAGGAAUCCCACAAGCAUCCUGAAGGGCCAUCAUGACUCUGGCAUUAGCCUUCAGCGUCAUAUCUAUGCUGCUUUAAUUCUUGCUGCGUCACUGCUGCAGCUGCCUUAUUACAAAGGCGCACUUAAAAGUUACUUUCGAUUUCCCCAGCAUAGUGACUUGUGCCUGGGAGCCUUUUGCCUAUUCCCGGCAAAACCGGCUUUAAAGUUCAAAGUCCAGCCAUAAAGCCAUUAACUUGAAGCUGGCAGGCUGCCCGGAGCAGUAGCACAUACCUCAUCAAUCACUUCUACGCGCAGAGCAGAUUCCUUUCCGAUCUGUCCCUCUGCAUUCCGAUCCUUUGCCGGCACUCCGAUUCGACCUCUGGAGCCCAUAACCACGUGUUGAUUUAAAGCAGAGUCUCUGGUGCCCAGCGGAAGGAUGAGAAAUACGUGCUACAUACUCUGUAUUGCUUUAUUUACAGUUCAAAGCUGGUAUAUUACAGAAAGACAUCUUGCCUCUGCAGGAGCAGAGAAUGCAUCCUCUCUCCUCGACAGCUCGGAGAGAAUCACUCAGUGAAAAACAGGAAACCAGUGUACGUCACAUCCAGUCUCCCUUUCCCGUGAGAAACUCCAACAGUACAGACUGUGGAAUGUAAACACCUGUCUCGUGACAAGCAGAGCUGCACAGUGAAGGAAAUAGAAACCAACAGGUAUCUCCUACCGUAGCUGUGAAAUCAUCAUAAUUUCAGUAAGGAAUAUCAGCAAAACACAACUAGUAACUGCCCACAUUUUAACGAAAGGAGGAUGGAAAAGAUCAAAGUUGUAAAAAUUCCCCCCCCAAAUGAACAAGCUGCCCCGAACACAUUCUAGUACUGGUAGAUAAUAGGGAAAUGCACCCAAAUGGUGAUUGGAAUGGUAGCGCCUUAUACCAUUAAAUAAGUGAUGAGCUAUAACAGAAAAGGUUAAUCAAUAAACCAUCAAAGGAAAGCAUUACCAACUGUUCAAACAGCUGCUCAGCAGAAUGACUUCUGCUUCCAUGGCAUUGCCUCUGAGUGCUAAUUCUUCAUUUGACAGAGAUUGUUGAGAACAAUGAUUAACACUCAUACUUAUGUGUGUGUGUUUUUAAAUCUUCAGGAGACAUAAAUACAACAACCAGCAAGGCCCAAGCAACUCCUGGUAAGCAACAACCCUUUAUUGUCUUAUUUUUAACCAUCUCUUGAGAACAGGCCCAUACAUUAGAGUUGCUUUGUUCCAGAAAAAGCAACUUUUCCCCUGUUGCUGUUUAUCAGCAAAGCACAUCAUGGGUCCCUGCUGAUUCUGGGCUUAACUAUGAUGGUGCAUGAGAGCCAGUGCAGUCAGCUUAGUGGUUACAGUGUCAGGCUAAGAUCAGAAAGAUCUGGUUUAAAUCGCUUCUCGUGCCCAGGGUGAGUAUUCACUAUCUCUUCCCAACCUACUUCACAGAGUUGUUGUGGGGAUAAAAGAGUGAGGAGAGAACCAUAUAUACAUCACCUUAAGCAGGGUAUAAUGUAAACAGCAGGAGUAAUAGUAAUAGUAAAUAUGUAAUGCCUUGCCUCCUCUGUCAUUCCCAAGGAUUGUCAGAACUCCAGGGGGUCAAUAACUUUCAGAAACCCUUGUUCUUGCAAUCUGGGGUGCUCAUAUCAUCAUUGAUCCUGUCUGUUAGUUGGUUUUAUUUCUCCAGGUAUUCCUUUUACGCUUCCACAACCUUCCUUUAGCAUAGGUCCCCUGCCUUAUGAAAUCCCUUCUCAACAAUUAUUAUUAAGAUGACUGUUUAGUGUAACAUUAAUCUGAACUGCAAGAUAAAUCACCACAAUGAAUUCUUAAUGUUAUUUAUACAGAAUCAACCACAACUAUCUCAGCAACUAAAGGUAAGCUAUAUUUUAAAGUCACUGCAUAUCAUUUAUACUAAUUCAUGUAAACAAUCGUUUUUAGCUUACUUCAGCGUCCAUUGAAGGGUCCACUCGAUUGGGUUAAACGCCUUUGCAUUUGGUUUCCAUUGCGUUCAUUUGCAAGGACUUUGCUUCAAGGUUUCCAUUUCAGAUCGAAAUGGAGAUAUAUAUAUAUAUAUAUAUAUAUAUAUAUAUAUAUAUAUAUGGAGAAGUUGGAGAUUAGUGUUAUAGUACAUGUAAAAGGGAGGCUCCUUUCUGUGGAGGUGAGAGGAAUCCAAUGGAAGAGGAGAUAUAAUAUUCAAAAGUGAAGCACGAUAGGGCAAUGGAGUCCAUGAGGGCAAAUGGGCACUGCCCCACUAACCUUGAUUCCACGAAGCCCACUUGUCUGCCUUCUGACUUGCAACCAGUCCUUAUCUCCAGAUAAGGUCCAGGCAGAAGGUACUAUUUGUAGAUCUCUGGGUUAUUGUAGUUAAUCACCAAUAACAUCUGACUCCCAGUGGUUCAAAAAUAGCACCAGCCUUUCUCCCUGAAUUAGGCUUCUAAUUUGUGGGCUGGGGGACUAGGAUUUUUUUGUGAAAGAACUAUGACCUCAUUUCUGGUACUGAAGACAAAGUCUUGGGCCAAGAGAUGCUUUGUUCUUCCAUUCUAAGUGUAUAUAUGCCCUUAUUACAUUUUGAUACAGCUGGUAUUUGGGUUUGUGGGUGGGAAGCCGAUCUUAUAGGUUGGCAGUUCACCCAACCCUGCUUUAGAUAAUGAUCAAGAAUCCAGAAGUGAAUUUUGAAGCAUGCACUCACACCCACUAUUCAUAUUUUCAUAAUAAAGCUGAUACCAAUUUGCAGUUAACUAGGAUAUCUUAGGGAACACUUUCUCUCAAAUAGAUCUGUCCAGUCACUAAGGUCUUCUUCCUGGGGCUACUUUUCCAAAUUUAAAAAAACCAAGUUCUCUACUUAAAUCAUGAUUUGUGUGCAGGAGUAGCUUAUCCCUCAAGUAUCAUGGUAUGAAGACCUUUACUUCUCAAAUAAAGUACAGCAAAAUUGAAGAGUAUUGUAACUUCAGAGGCCAAUAAAAUUGUCAAAUGCCUGGCUGAGCUCAGGAAGAGAAUAGAUUUUAUUUUAUUUUUUAAAAGGUAUAUUAAAGCAGUAAAGACACAGCGGUUUCAUAUACCAAAACCGCUCUCUUCAUCUCCUAAUACAAGCACAAGAGGGAAAGGCAAUGCUGCGAGAUGGAACAUUUGGCAUGGUAUAUUUGAAAUAUGCUUUCAGGUAACUUUUAUUUGAAAUGCGGCAUAUAUUGCCAUGAGAUAUUACCAUGUUCCAAAAGACCAUCGGUCAACAUAUCUGAACCUUCUCCUUUCCCUCAAGCAGACUAGGUUGUUUUUAACAAUAAAACUCAUUUUGCUUUACCUUACCCUUCUCAUAGAAAGCCAAAAAACCUCUUCCUUGUCCAGAACCACAAGCAAAGCUGAAAUUGCAGGUAAUUUCUUCAACAUUUGAAUAAUUUUUUGCAUGUGAUUUUCUUCUUCUAGCUUCUGCUCUUUGAUUAAUCAAUAUCAGAUGCUUUCCGCAUGGGGUGCUGCACAUAAAACCCUGUUUGACUGUGAAAGUGAGUUACAGUGAAGUUUGAAGAACACAUUCUAUAUCUUGGCCACAUCUGCACCAUACAUUUAAAGCACUGCUAUACCACUUUAACAAUUCCAAAGAAUUAUGGGAGCUGUAGCUCGUUAAGGGUGCUAAGACCCCUCCUGUCCUACCAGAGGUACCAUUUCCAGUUGCCUGGGAAGCAGGAUUGAUUGUUAAACCACUCUGGAAACUGUACACCUAUGAAGAGAAUAGGGUUUCCCAAUGACUCUCAUCAUCUUUAGCAAACAGCAGCUUCCAGGAUCCUUUGGGGGAAAUCAUGACUGUUUAAAGUAGCAUAAUACUGCUUCAAAUGUAGGGUGUGGAUAUGGACUUAGAUUAUGAUUAAUAAUUAUUAUUAUUGCUGCUGCUGUUGACCUACAACUCCCAUCAUUCCCAUCCAUGCUGGUUACAAUGGUGAGGGCUGAUGUGGGUUCAACUACACCUGUGGAGGGACUCAAGCUUAGACAGUUGUCAGGCUUUGGGGACUCGGCUCCCCCCCCCCUUUAGGCUGUAGAUAAGAGGACAAAGCAAAAAGAGUCACUACCAUUUAAAGAGUCUUUAAUGAUCAUAGCAAAAAACAACAACACAGCCAUUCUCGGAAUGAAGGUGUUCCAAUUAAGGUUUAUACCCACUUUCCCCCUUGUCACUUCUGCUUCUUGCAACCUGAUCUCAUAACCAGUGUGCUUUUUUGCUCUCCUUGACCUUGGACUGAUAGGCUGCACACUUUCCAGCGAAAGAGAGUCUGUUAGCUCUCUCUCUUCCUGUUCUUCUUCACUUUGCUGUUCAACACGCCCCCCCCCAAGUUCUUCCCAACUUUUGUCUUCAGAACUAUGCCCCUCUGCAAACCACUGUUCCAAAUCUGUACUGUUCCAUUGCUCCUGGGCAACUUCAGGAUCCUGGUCAGGAGCAGAGGGAGGGGGAGGUUCCCAUGAUUCCUCAUCAGAGCUGUACUCCUCAGCCUGGUCUCUGACAACAGUAUUUUAGGCAGUACUGUGCAUGAGAGGCCUGUGUUCUGACUUGGAAUAAGCUUGCUUCCUGAACUAAGCAGAUCCAGAGCCGUCUGGGAAACCUACCUGAGAAAACCCAAUACAUUAUGGUUGAAAGGUAGGAUAUAAUUGAGAUGAUGUAUUUAUUUACUAGUGUAAAACAUGUUCAUCCUGACUUUCGAUAUCAGGGUGGUGCAGAGCAUUAAACAAAAACAAAUAAACAACAGCAAACCAGCUAGAACUUGCACAGUUAAGGCUGAAAUCCUAUGCAGACUUGCCUGGGAAUAAGUCCCGCUUAGCUUAUAGGAUUGUACUGUAAAUCAGUAAAAUCUAUUAAAAUGUUUCAGUUUAACAUCUAAAUGAUAGUGGGGUUGGUACUAGGUGAAGCCCUUUGGGGAGGCCAUUCGGUAACUGGGCUACCACUGCUAAUCAAGCCCUCUUCUUUUUAGAUGAUCUUCAUACCUUUGAUGGGAAUAUUUGGCUCAACCCUAUCAUUUUGGUUGACUUUCCCAGUAUCUUCUUCCAUUCUUAGUCUUAGACACUUAACGCUGCUAGCAUAAGAAGGGAAGGGAGCUGCACACACACACACACACACACACACACACACCCCAGUUUAAAGGGAAAGCAUGCACUGGCAUCUGGAACAGUGUGGCAGUAAAAAAGCAAAUCAUGUUUGGAAUGAUUUCCUCAGAGUGCCAUUUACUCUUCUUGAAGUGAUUAAUUCUGUGCCACUGUCUACGAGUGAGGCUGUGUUUUCCCUUUGAAGAGCUGCACUCUGAUGAAGGUGAACACUUUUUUCAUUUUCGAAAACGCUUUAGCGGCAUUUGCUAAUUCAUUUUUUGCAACUCCUCUGCAAUGUAAGUGGGUAAUAAUAUCAUCAUUCCUGCUUUAUAGAGAAGCCCAGAGCUAUUGCAAGAGUCAGCGACAGAAAAGGAGGGCAAAAAUGGAAGCUGUAGAUGGAGGUAGCUUUCUCAAUAGCUCUUACUUCAAAGCUGCUCUGCUGUUUAUGUGGGUAUUUAAAACAACAUUUUUUAAUCAUGGGGAGGGAUGCUAUGAAUCAAUGAACACCCAUAUAAUAUGGGCACAAUUUACUGCACUUCCAUGUUUCCCCCCUCAAAUUAACAUCCCCUAAUGCUUUCUAGUCCUGCCCACCUAGCAGUUAGAAAGCAUGUCAAAGUGCAAGUAGAUAAAUAGGUACCACUCCGGCGGGAAGGUAAAUGGCGUUUACGUGCGCUGCUCUGGUUCGCCAGAAGCAGCUUAGUCAUGCUGGCCACAUGACUUGGAAGCUGUAUGCUGGCUCCCUUGGCCAAUAAAGCGAGAUGAGCGCCACAACCCCAGAGUCAGCCACGACUGGACCUAAUGGUCAGGGGUCCCUUUACUGCUUUCUAGAACAUGUAAGCAGUGAUUUCAUCAUGUGGAGUUGAAAUCAUAGAGCACCUGACUGUGCAAAGCUUUAAUAGAAAUGGAGAUUUAGGAAAGCAGCAUUUUCCAUUCCAUUCUGUAAUUGCCACAUGCAGCACUGCUCCGAUUCCACAGCAGUUCCAUCUUCUGCCCAAAACUAUGCUAUUCAUGUUAGCUUAAGGGAAGAAGUCCCUGAGAAGCAUCCUGAAACAUAAAUAAAGCAUGUCAUCAAUAAGAAGUGGGUGAAGUUGGUCCACUGUGGCGAAAUUACAUAACUUACGUGAUUUACAUUGGGUGGCAUUCAGCUAAGUUUUACGCAGGGAAGACCUGUUGAAAUGAAUGAACAUGACUAAUGAAAUAAUGAAUAUGAAUGUGUGGACACCAUCAAUUUUCACUCCCAGUUUCAUUUUCAGGUGAAUUUUCUGACAUCCCUACAGGGCAACAAAAAUUAGGCCUGAAUUUCUUGUUCUUUCUCUUUGGACAAUAUUUCUGUCUGUGACAAGGAUGUAUAUAUAGUCUCAGGUAUAGCCACAGGAAGUGAAUAAUCACACAUCUGGAUCAACAGGAGUGUCAUUUACAUAUGCAGACAAUGGCUUGGAGCUGCAUCAGGAACACGGAAAGUAAACAGCAUGGAAUGCUGGGAGGUCUGUUGUCUUUUCAUAAGCAAUGUUAGCAAUAAACCAUAAGUGUGUCGCUAUGCUUAUUUGGCAGAGGAAGAGUAACAGAAAAAAAAAUGUGUGUUCAUUGUUUCAGGUAAUACAACAACUACUGCGAAUUCUUCAGCAAUAGUCCGACCAACACAGGCCUCUGCACAUGGGUCACUAUCAACACCCAACAACACAGCAAGCAGUAGGUAUUGUGUUUCUCUGACUCACUGGUGAAUUCAUUGUAAGCCAUACCUGAGGGUGAGAAAGGGCCACCAUGGCUGUGAAGCAGGGCAUUGGUUUGUGGCGAAAGUCUUGACUCACUGAUGGAGCAUGUACAUUGCAUGCUAAAACCUCCCAGGUUCAAUCCCCAGAAUUUGCAAGAGACUCCUAUGUGAAAUCUUGGAAAUCUGCUACCAAUAGACCAUAAAAGGUAAAGGUAAAGGGACCCCUGACCAUUAGGUCCAGUCGCAGACGACUCUGGAGUUGCACUCAUCUCGCUUUAUUGACCGAGGAAGCCGGCGUGGCCAGCAUGACUAAGCUGCUUCUGGCGAACCGGAGCAGCGCAUGGAAACGCUGUUUACCUUCCCACCGGAGUGGUACCUAUUUAUCUACUUGCACUUUGAUGCUAGGUGGGCAGGAGUAGGGACCGAGCAACGGGAGCUCACCCCGUCGCGGGGAUUCGAACCGCCAACCUUCUGAUCGGCAAGCUCUAGGUUCUGUGGUUUAACCCACAGCGCCACCCGCGUCCCACCAAUAGACCAUACUGAGCUAGAUUAACCAAUGAUCUUGGUACAAGGCAGUUUUCGAUGUGUGACCCAGCUUCUUACCCCUUUGUUGGUGAACAUGGGAGUGAAGAGUACUGGCGUAAGAGUGUUGGCUAGCCUUCAUGCAGCCACAGCUGAAAUAAAGGCUAUGUACAUGCAGGGCCUGGAAUCUGUAGAUCCACACCAGCUUAAAGUCUGCCCACCCCUGCAGUAAACCAGCAUAUUAAUUGAUGAUGCUAUCAUUCUACAAUAUUUCCAGAGGGGUAGCUAUGGUAAUCUGCUGCAGCAGGAACAACAAAGAGGUCUGUGGCACAUUAGCAAUAAAUCUGUUAGAUCCUUAACACACUGCAAGACUCUUUUUCAUGGUAGGCAGAAAAAUGAUGAUGACAGACAGACAGCGUUGUAUCUGCUCGCAAACUGCUCUCUGCAAUGUCUCCACUGAACACAUCUUGAGGAAUAAGGUCAUAGACCUGCAUAUGUAAUUUUACAAUCUAUUGAUACUUCAUAUAUUUCAAAAUAAAUAGAGGAGAAGGAGAAAUACUGGACUGGAUAUUACUUUUGUAGGGCAGUUAGUGGCAUAAUUCAUAUGAAGCAAUGUUGUGGAACCCCUCUGUCCCCUAGAUUUUGGAGAAAGGUAAAAUGGCAAGGGAUCCAAUUUCAAAUCUCCACUGUCUCUUCUGUUCUUGGCCCUCAGUCUUGAGGAUCAAGUGAUAAUAAAACCCAAUUUUCUUGCACAUGGUGCAUUAGGCUAGAUGAAGACAUUUUAUUUGGCUUCUGAGGAGUUCUUUUGGGUCCACAGCUCAACUUUCAACACCUAAGCCUCUCUGAAUAUGAAAGGCCCCUAAUGAAGGGGAAAGUCUGACCCUUCGGUUCUUUGCAGAAGGUCAUGCCAGUUGACUCUCACAUAACUCAAGCAUAGCUACCGUCAGCCUUCUGCAUAAGGGUGUCUUAUGGGGAAACUGUGGCUCUCCUGAUUUUGUUGGACUCCAACUUCCAUCAGCCCCAGUCAACAUAGCCAAUGUUCAGGGCUGAAGGGAGCAAGACCGGCCCACUCAUGAGGUAAGGUGAGGUGACUGCCUCAGGCGGCAGCAUCCACCAGUGCAGCAAAUCCUGAUGUUGAUUUUUCUUCCCCUCUUGUUCCUGAUGUAAAUAUUCCCUCACCCCUUCUUCCCUGGUGGGGAGGGGGUGCCAUUUUAGGGAUUGCCUCAGGUGCCAAAAUGUCUUGGGCCUGCCUUUGAUGGAAGAUGUAGCCCAACCAAAUCUGGAGGGCCACAGGUUCCCCAUCCUUGCUUUAGUAUGUGAAUGUGUCCAUUAUUAUGGAAUACUGUAGACAUUUAAAAAAAUAUGUACCCAUAAAUAAUUGCACACAAAGGCAUCUCAAUUAACCAGUCUUUGGAUGCACAUCUUUUGUUUUAUACUUACCUACAGCACUAAAAUACUGAACUGUCUGUCUCCGCUGUUACUGUACCAAAUGAAGAUUUGCUGAUGUAGAACUGAUGCUGUAGGCUAUGAAGAAGCUUUUGCUUUUGUUUUGCUUUUGUCGUUCCACUUUAUAGCAGAAGUCCUAAUGGAUAGAAACAAAACAAAACGAAAAGCCCACAAAUGUGACUCCUUUUCUUUUAGGUCAUGGAGAAGUUCCUCACUUGAGGGUAUCCAUAGAACACAACCACCUAUAAUUAACCUGUACUGAAAGCUAAAGCUUGUGGCAUGUAGGAAAAAGCUAAUAAGCAAAGGCAGGCCUGUCUCUACAGCUUAGUUCAUGGUAGUGCCCUGAAUGAAUACUGGAAGUUGACUACUUCCUUGCCCAUAGUAGACCAACCUAGAACAAUACCAUUGAUGAUGGUUUUUACGAUCAGCUUCAAAGCUGAGCUUCUCUACCCAUUCCAAGUGACUUCCACAAGGGGUUUCGAGAAGAGGACAAUGGCAGACGAAGCCUACCAUGCCCAUGAACUGCUUGUGAGCUUCCCACUAGCAUCUGGUUGGCCACUGUAGAAAAAGGAUGCUAGAUAGGAAUUUGGUCUAAUCCAGCAGACCUUUUCCUGGGUUCUUCACAUUUAUUUUGUGCUAACAUUGUGGAAAAUAGCUGUAGAAAAGACCUGGGAGUGCCGCAGCAUUUGGAUUAGGAGAGGCAUAAAAGCUGUUGCUCACAGAACUACACUUUCCAGCAACCAUAAAAAAAGACAGCUCUCGGGAUUCUUUGGGGAAAGCCAUGUGUUUUACACGUACGGUGUAUAUGCAGCCUCAGUCAGCACUGUGCAAGUGUUGAGCAGCUGCUGACUAUUCACCCUUUCUGGCAUCAGCAAACCCCACGCCCAACCCCACCCCUCACCCACAGAUCAGCUCACAGCAGCAGCAGUCAGUGGUUUCUUCUUUUAAAAAAAUAACUGUGUCACUACUAAUCGGGAUAAACAGAACAGUCUAUUUCUGUCCUUUCAGUUUCAGGUGGGUUCAUUCGUUAGACCUACUUCAUACCAAUCUCUGACUCUUCUAAAAAUGUACCAAAGCCAUUUUUUAGAUAUGUACCAAUGCCUUUUAUCUCAAUACAUACCUUUCCAUAUGCAUUUUAUCCUAAAACAUUUUUUAAAAAUGAAUUUGAUACUUUUCGUUGUCUGGAACAGCAUUGUGACAUUCAGAGGAGUGCAGAAUCUGAAGAAUAGUUGCAUUCUUAUCAGUGUAUUAAUCCAGAUGAGGUGAAUUAGGCCACUAUGCCCCAUGAUUGUAAGAUGAAGGGCGGGAUAAAAGUGUACCAACUAAAUAAUUAAAUGGGCAUCAAAGGAAAUCCUCCUCCUUCCCUAUCUGCCUGCCCCCAAUAGCUUGAGCACUCCCUCGGGAAAUAAAAGUUACUGAUAGUCUGAAGAGGGAUUGGCAGAUUUUGCUGUGGGAAGAUGUGCUUUGCAGCAUAUUUUCUCCUCUGAAAAUUAGAAUUUCAAACCAAGGCAUUCCUGGCCCUUUUUUCUUUUAUAUAACUUUAUAUUCUAGGUUUAUAUUCUAGGCUUUAUAUUUUCUAGGUUGGUCCUGCCAACCUAGUAGUUUGAAAGCACGUCAAAGUACAAGUAGAUAAAUAGGUACUGCUCUGGCGGGAAGGUAAACGGCGUUUCCGUGCGCUGCUCUGGUUUGCCAGAAGCGGCUUAGUCAUGCUGGCCACAUGACCCGGAAGCUCUACGCCGGCUCCCUCGGCCAAUAAAGCGAGAUGAGCGCCGCAACCCCAGAGUCGGUCAUGACUGGACCUUUACCUUUACCUAUGGAAUGAUGUUCUUCAGGUAUUCAGACAUUGCAGUGCUUAGAACAAAACACCGAUCCCACCCUCUGCACACCCAGCUGAUCUCUGUAUUCUGCAGAAGAGGGCAUCAUGCAACUAGCAUUUCAUUGGGAGGUCCAUUGUCAAGUGCCAGAAUCAGGCCUUUAUUGUGACGGCGCCUACUCUUUGAAAUUCACACCAUCAGAUAACCUCCAUCCCUAUUGUCUGUCUGGGAACUUGUUGAAAAUCUUCCUCUUUUAACAUGAUUUUUUCAAAUCAUUCAUUGUUUAUUUAAUUGAUUUUCAAAUUGUUGUUUAAAUUGAUUUUUUUUCUAAAUUGCUUUUAUAUGUGUAAUUGUUUCAUGAAUGUUUUUAUUGUAUUGUAAAUCGUUUCAAGAAGCCUCUUGGGAAGUGAUUCAUAAAUGAAAUAAAUAACUAUUAUUAUUAUUAUUAUUAAUAAUAAUAAUAUUAAUAAUAUUAAUAGGCACAGUUUUAAAGAAAAAGAUGCAGGGACCUGUGGAUGUUGAGACAACAGCUCUGCAGGAUUACUCUGGUUUUCCCCACACUUGCAUACUGAUUAUUCCUUUGACAAAUAUGUUUUGAGAACAGCAGUUAACACACUGUCAUUUAUCUUAUCAAAAUAUCAGCAGGGACAGCUGAAUCACCAGCACUGAGCUCUGUGACUUCAUCUCACUUGGCUCUAACAACUCCUGGUAAGACAUCCCCUUUAUAAUCUAAUUCAUAAUCAACUGUUGACAACUGGCCCAUUAAACAAUUAUAUGACUGUAUUAUAGCAGCGGUUUUGCUUCUGUGCUGCGAUGUUGAGUAAAGCUUCAGUUUCCUUGCAGUAGAUGCAGGCAGAGGUUUUUCGUGGUUGAUUUUUCCCUGUAGCUUCUGGUUGUUGGGUAAACUUGAUGAAAGGCUUGCAGGGGAUGGGUCCAAGGGAAAGCAUCUCCCAGCAUGCUCCAGGGAACAAACAGAAUAACCUUUCUGGGGAUGUUGUACCUUCGAUUGGUUUUAAGGCAUCCAUGUGCCUUCCUUUGCAGAGGUGAGUGCUCUGCUUGAAAAGCUAUCCAGUCCCAAGCCUGGUUUAAAUUGCCCACCAGCAGUUGUAUUUCUAACUUUUCAUCCAUAAAAUAAACCAGCAUAUGCACAAUUUAUGAAAACCUGUGCUUUUUUAUGCGUAAUGCAUUUUCUGAUUCCCCACCCCCAUGCAUAAGCAUCCAUACUAGUUGACAAUGCUAAACUAUAUAUAGACCAAUGCUCUACCUUGGUAUAAGGCAAGUUUCUUCUGCUAAUAUGUCAUCUUGCAGCAGCCCUGGGAAGGCUACAGAUCCCAAGGGUUACAGCACCUUUUGUCCUGGCAUGUUGCUACAAAGCAUGAUGAGGCAGGGAAGAGAUAGAUCUCCCCUCCUAUUCUACCCUCUCCCAUUGUGCCAUGGCUACUCCCACCAGCCAGAUAAGUAGAGGAAAAUGUUCUACAGAAGGGUUGUGGCGUUUGCCCUCCUAGGUGUGUGACAUCAUACUGGGUUCAUAAAGAAAGGGUUAACUAAUUGUAAAAUGACUAACCAAUGGGAACCCAAGGGGCAGAGUUAACUGUGUAUAAGGUUUAAGCACAGAGGGGUUUUUUGGAGGAGUAGAGUUAGGGUGGUUGAGAAGACAGUCUGGAGUUAGAAGAGACAGAGAAGAUAUGUCUGUGGGUUGGGCUAGUCUGGUGUGAGAGAGUGAGAGAAUUUGUUAAGAGGAGUCGGUCAAGCAGUUGAGAUAAUCUAUCAGAAGGUAUUAGGAAGGUAUAGGCCGGUAAAGAAACUAAGGUUAAGAUACUGACAGGAAUAUUAUCUGAGAAACCAUAAACUUGUUAAUGUUUGGACAAUAAACUUGGUGGGGUUUUUUUGGUUCACUUUUAACAACUGUCUGGACUCAGUGUUUUACCAGAGAGUAAUUGGUUGGUGGCAGCAGAGAAGCGAGCACAGUGGUGGCACAGGGAUUAAUAGACCGUUAAACAUCUGGGGACCCUGUGUGAUCACCACAGUGGUGGACUGGCAAAGAGGGGAUUCACCUCUACCCUGCCUCUCCAGAUUCGCUUCCACACUAUCUCACCAGAUCUCUCAAUGUGUUAUAAAAAGUCUGGUAUGGGCACUCAGAAAGAGAGAGGGAGAGAAACUGCCUUUGUUUCUGACUGCAAGCAGUGCUUCCUACCUAGACAAGAGUCUAAACCUUAGGGUGGUGUUUGUGUUUAAGAUGAGAUUUCCUUCCUUACAGAUCAACAUAACAAGACAACGACGGCAACAAGGGCACCUCCCAACGAGAAGACCACUCAGAGCAUACAAGACACGCUUCAAAAAGUAACUGAAGUUCCAACUGAAAGUAAGUAAAGGCAAAUACUUGUCUCCUAUUUUACCUCCAGACUGCCAGCAUUUUGUGGGAGGGAUUCCAGUGAAUAUGGAAAAUUUAGCAAUUGACAUGGGUUGAAGUGCUUUAUCCCCCUGGUGCAUCAAAUUCACUUCAAAAAACCAGUUUUGCAUGUUGGGAAAGUUGUGGGGUAAAUGCGUUAAAAAGUGUGGAAUUAAUAAAUGAUUAACAGGAACAGCAUUCUCCCAUUCACACUGUGAUUCCCUCCCCUUCCCUUCUUGCUUUGUGGCAAACCAUAAUUUGAUAUUAUAUAUACAAAGCAGCAAACUUUCAGCUUGCCCUACAAAUCUGAGUUGAUAAUCAGGACUCAUAAAUGAGUCACAUAUGGAACAGCCAGUCUGUGCUUUAAGUUAUUGAGAUCUUCUACUUUUGUCCUUUUUUCAUUAUUGAAUUUCUAUCCCACCCUUCCUCCCCCAGGAGCCCAGGGCAGAAAACAGAAACACACAAACACAAAAACAAAGCAAAAACAUUUUAACACUGUAAAAACAAUUUAAAAGCUGUUACAGUUUAAAACAUCUAAAAAUAGUUACAGUUAAAAAUAUUCUUCCAUCCAACAGUCUUAGGGGUGCCACCAAAUGCCGGGGUAAACAGGAAUGUUUUCAAAUGCCUCCUGAAAGCUCCAGGUGUUCAAGAUAAAGGACCUUCCCCGCAGUGGGUUCAUUUGUAACCACUUUCAGCAGGUUUUAUUUCUAUAAUUUGGAGAAUUGGGAAGUUUAGAACAACAUACGUAUGUGUCAUUUUUUAAAAAUGAAAAAGUGUAGAUCUUGUUUGAGCUCCUCCACCUCCAAAUUACAAAAACAUACUUUGUGUAUUUUAGCAUCUCCUUUGAGCAAUCAGUCAGGAGCGUACUUGAGCUCAGCUUCAUUUGGUUGCCAUCCAAAAAGGAAGGGGGGAAAGAAACAAACGGAAGAAGACUGCAGUUGUUUAGUCAAAGGGCCAUUUGAGAACACAAUGGAGGGAGGAUGGUUUGGGGUCUCUGUCUCCCAUGCCAUCUGCUGGUCUGUUAACCACCUACUAGAAUGAGGCAAGGCAGCAAUGCAAAAAAGAAGGGGAAAAACAGGAGGCUUUCUCUCUCCACGCUUCAUAGCUCAUUGCCCAACAACAACUUAUUCCAGACAAUAUUGCCCUCCUCAUUUUUCAGUAAUGAGUCUGGAAGUCUUCCCAGAUUCUUUUUAUAGGGCAGCUGCCCCUCUAAACUCACAGCCCCCAAAGGAGUGUGAGGUUGACAUGGAAGAGGCAUAGAACAAGUUCAAUAAGUCUGCCAGUCAUUGUCAAUUUCUUGGGCUUUCUAUAGCGAUGACUGAUGCGGUGCAAAUUGCUCAUUAAAGGCGAACUGAAAACCAUGAUACUGUUGACCAGAUAUGCCUAACAGCACAAGGAUAUAAAGAGCAGCUUGAGAUUACUUGUCCAUCUAGAUAAGCACAGUAGUGCUUAUUCUGACUGAUGGCAAUAGUCUGGUGGCUACAGGAGAUCCCUUAGGUCAGGUCUGGAGAACCUUUGGACUUCCAGAUGUUGCUCAACUGAACCAACUUCAGCCCUAGCAAGCAUGGCCAAUGUUGGGGGAUGAUGGGAGUUGUGAUUCAGCAACAUCUGGAGGGCCAAAUGUCCCCUUCACCUACUCUAUGUGACCUCGGGAGAUACCAACAAUUUAACCUGUAGCUUUAUAGCAAGGGUGGGGAGAGUUUUUGCAGCCCAAGGAUUGGACUCCCCCUUGGUCAGCCCUUCAGGGGAACAUGGCAGUGGCCAAGACAACAGUGAAUGUGGCCAAUGUGAGCAUUUUAGCUUUUUCCAAGCCUUGUUGCUGAAGGGUGGUUACCCAUUCCCUCCUCUGCUGCUUUUUCCAGGAAGACCUUCCUUUCCUCUGAAGCUAUGAGUACCCUGAAAAUGGCUCCAGUUAGGCUUGGAAAAAGCCUUCCAUUGGUUCCAACAGAAGGCUUUCUUCAAGCCUUGUUGCGUCAGGGAGGGGCAGAUGAGACUCUGUUGGCUGUUGGGGGAAGAAUGGCAGCAGGAGCUCUUACGGCCUGCAAGUUAGUGAUUCCACACCCUUGUUUUACAGGCCUUUGCAGACAACGUUUAUGUUCUGCUACCGUGCUAUAGGGCAUUCAAUUCUCGGCCAUAUGGCAAACUUACCGUUCACAAAUGGAGGGAAAGGAAAUCCUAGGAAUAAAUAUAAUGAUCACGAUUCACAACAGAAUUUAUAGUAAAGUUGCAGUCCUUUGAUAUGCCUUAUUUUGGUAAAUACUGACGAAAAUAUAGGAAUUAAAGCAUCUCAGAAACUUGAGGAGGUUAAUAUGUGGGCUUUUAAUUUUUUAAAAAAUUCACCUGGGAUUCAGAUAAUAAGGUAAAGGUUAGUGUGGACUGAGAAGGUCUUUAAGCAGAGGCUUGACAACCAUAUGUCAGGAGUGCUCUGAUGGUGUUUCCUGCUUGGCAGGGGGUUGGACUCGAUGGCCCUUGUGGUCUCUUCCAACUCUAUGAUUCUAUGAUUCUAUGAUUCUAUGAUAAGAAAUGCUAUCACUCAAGAAAGAAAGUAAAACAGAUGCAUAUCUUUAAGACAAUAACAUCACCUAGAAUAUAGGUUUCUUAAGUGUAUAUGAAAAUUCAAGAAAACAUAAUAAUGGAUGCCAGAUUAUUUUUCAAAUAAAUAUCACAUAGUAGGGAGGCAGAAAACUGCUGACCAGCAUAAGAUUUUGGUUAAUUCAAUAAGGUUGAACCUGGAUCAGCAAAAAAUGUAAUCUAGUUUUAAUGAGACCAGCAAUGUCAAUGAAGAGGGCUAUAACAAAAUCCCUGAAAAGCAUUAAAUAAAACAUAUGCUACUGGGUGUGUGUGUGUGUGUGUGUGUGUGUGUGUAUAAGGGGGGAGAGAUCUGUGAAGUUGAGGUACUUGGAUUUAAUUCAGUCUAAAUCUCUUGGAAGCAAAUUAUAUUUAGUUGGCUUAAAUUCUAAGCACUCGAAAUGGAAUCAGGGGAGUGAAAUUGGGUUAUAUCCAAGUGGACUGGGCUAAUAUUUGAGUUAUAGAUCAUUCCUAGCUUGGGAUAGAAAAGAAAUUUGAUUCAGUUCAUAUUUUAAGCCAUAUCUACCCAAUUUGCUCUUUUUAAAACAACACAUGAACUGAAGCACAGCCAUCCUUCUCCAAAUUUUUCAAGGAAGUUCAUCGCUCAAGCAGUAUAUGUAUACUUUAGGGUAAAAUGUGCAGACCCAUAUAUUAGUGAAAAUAACAUGCAAAAAUGGGGAAACAGAUUUGCAAAAAUGUGUACAUUAAGCAAAACCAGGGCUUUUUUUCAGCCAGAACUCACUGGAACACAUUUCCUGCACCUCUCAAGUGGGCACUGUUGUCUUUCUGAGAGAAGAAGGGAGGUGUUCGUGGCGAGUUACGGCACGUCUUUUCCCCAAAAAAUAGCACUGAGCAAAACUGCGUACAAAAAGGCGUCUUUUGGGAGAAAUUUGUUACUAAAAUGCUGGUGUAUUUUCCAAUGGCAAAAAAUAAAUAAAAUCGCAAACUACUGUGGAAAUGUGGAGAAGUGACACUGGGAAAAUGAGAAGUGGAACCAAAGCAGCUUCUCUUGUCAGAAUAGUAUCAUAAUAAUUGCUCUUCAGUCUACUGGUAACUUGGAACAGGACAGCUGUGGGAUGCGGGGAGAUAAGAAAGUUGCAGUUGUGUUCAUCUAAAGGCAGCCCUGUUUAGGGAAGCUUUUAAUGAUUAAUAGAUUAUUGUAUUUUAGUGUUUGGUUGGAAGCCGCCCAGAGUGGCUGGGAAAACCUAGCCAGAUGGGCGAGGUAUAAAUAAUAAAUUAUAUUAUUAUUAUUAUUAUUAUUAUUAUUAUUAUUAUUAUUAAACUGCUAGCUGAAUUGUUUUUUUAAAAAGCAGAAACCAUGCGAGUGAAUGUUUUACUUUAAUCACAGUUUUUCUUUCUCGUAGGCAACACUGUAAAUGCACACGCCGAAAAACAGGAUCACCCCUCUUAUACCAGUAAGCACACUGAGUGUGGUGGUUUUAUGGCAGCUGCCGAAAUAAAUUUGUCCGCAACUUAACUUCACUCCUUGGUGGACAGUGAACCUAAUUACAGAAAGCUGUCUACCUGCCUGCAUAAGAGCUAUCUGCAAGAGAGACAGGCUCUAAUGAGAGCAGAACUGACAUCGCCUUUCACCCUCUGAGUCCUGAAAUUAUUCUUGAGGAUGGAGGUCAAAGCCUCAAUAUCAUGCAAGUGAUAACCCUGGAUUAGGUCAUUCUUACAGAAAGCAUGAACAGGGGGGAUAUGUCUGCCCGAUAACAUCACAAAUACAACAUAAAUCAUAGAGAAUAAUUAACAAAUCAUCAGUAAAACAAUGUGUGGCAUUUGCCUCCUAUCAAAGGCAGCAGUUCAGUCCUGGACAAAGAAACCCACAUACAUACACACACACACACACAAACAUAACGUAACAACGUAACAUAGCAUAACAACAUAACAUAACAUGCACACACAAUGCAAUGCGCACACACAAAUUGGAAUUUUACUGCAGUUGCUGCUGACACUUUUUUGAAAUCUCAGCCUUAAUUCCCCUAGGGAAAGUGUUAUACACCUUUAGGCCUGUCAAGGAAGGGUAUAUAUGGACGCAGGCCUCGCAGCAAGGAUAUUGCUGUUUACUGCAGAGGCCUUUGGAACCGGGGAGGAAGUCAGGUUAUGGUCUUUCGUAAUGGCUGUAAGCCUGCCACCCAGUGGUUGCACUGGAAAAUAGGAAAGCUGAGAAAUUAGGUAAGAAUUUCCACUGCAGGCACGGUGUAGAAAGGGGUCAGGGCGGAACAUGUUUUGCGUGUGCUUUUUCCUUUAAAAAAAAAUCUAAGAUGUUGACAUGUAUGAAUUAAAACAGUUUUUCUCCAUUGCAUGCAGCCAUUAUUUUGCCGGUCAUCAUUGCCUUGAUAGUCAUAUCCCUUUCCGUAUUCCUUCUGGUGACUUUGUACAGAAUGUGCUUGAAGACAACUCCAGGUAUCUAUUCAACUUUUAACCAAAAAAUAAAUAAAUAUUAUUAUUUUUUGAAAAAUAUAUAAAACGGGUUUGAAUUAUAUUUCCCGUUGUAAUUUCAGCUGCAGCAUAUUUGUUAGAAUAUUUUUGAACUGAUUGGGAUUUUUUGCGAUUUGUAAUCGUGAUGUUCAACAUGUCACACAGAGUUCUUGCUUAUCCAGCCUAAGCAUCAUCAACCAGCCUCCUUGCCACAAGAGGGAGCUGUCAGCAGGCUUUUGGACACCCCACGGUUUGCAGAAGAACAGGAAACGAGUCCAAUGAAGACUGAGCAUGCUCAGUCUUUGCGGAGUAAUGACCGAUUGCAGAGGGUAGCUAUACCUCAGAGGGUAGCUAGAAUCCCAAACAUCAGCUCUAUUCACAGCAAUAUUAAGCUGCAGAUCAACAUACCCAUGACUAAACAAAUAACACUUCGGUCUCCCUUCCCUGGGGGGGUUGUCUAUAUGAGUUUGUAUUUUAUUCUGUACCUAUGUUAUGGGUCGUUGGACCGUAAUAAAUAUUUUUUUUAUAUAUAUAUAUAUAUAUAUAUAUAUAUAUAUAUAUAAAGUUGCAAGGGGGAAUUCAAUUCAGUUCACAUUUAAAGGCGUAUCUGCCUAAUUCACACUUUCUGAAACAAUAUGCAAACCAAAACAUAGCCAGCCUUCAAAAUUUACACUUCCCAGAAUUUUGCAGUGCAGUUCUCCUGCCAAGUAAUGUGUAUAACAAUACAUAUGUUAGGGUAAAGUGUGUGACAACAUGCAUAGAUUAGUGAAGAUAACAUACAAAAAUGCACUGUAUUAGAGAAAUUAUAAGUAUUAGGGGAAAUAUACUUUGCAACUAAUAUGUAUAUUAGGCAAAAGUACAUACCAGAAAAUAAGGGUGUAACUAGUUUUAUUCUGAAUUUUGAUUUGUUUUAACCCACUCUGGGGCUUGCUGCUGAAGGCAGGUAAUAAACUGAAAAAGAAGAAGAAAUAGAAAUUUUCACAAAAAUGUUUUAUCUAUUUUCAUGAGGGCUUUUACAAAUCACAUUUGUUAACUAAUAUGGAAAGGCAGAGAACUGAAGAUUUGAAACCUGAGGGAUUGUGAGAAACUGUAAUUCACAUAUUUACCCAUCCGUACUCAUAAAAGAGACGGUAGUUAGGCUCCCAUUCUUAUUGCUCCAGAAAUCGCUUACAACUGUAUAACCCUAGCAAGUAAAUCAUUCCUUAUUGCCAAAUUCAGUGAAUGCUCACACUGCACAAUUAUUCUGAUAUGCAAGAAGGAGAAAAUCCUGGCAUGUGAAAGAGUUACAGGUGAUGGAGAAGACUAGGUAGGAAUCUUACUCCCUGACAAUUAGCGCUGGGAUAUCCAUAUCAUGUGAAUCUCCUUUUCCUUUCAGAGAGACAAGAAAACGGAACUGAACAGUAAGUUGUUUUCCUUUCCUCCUAUCCUAUGCUAAUAUAAAGGUGCCUUAUGGAAGCAGUCCCUUGAAGGCAGCAAGAGCCAGGAUGGUACCCUCCAGAUGCUGUGGGGCUCCCCACACCCAUCAGCCCCAGCCAGCAUGAUGAGAGUCAUAGCCUCGCAUUGGCUACCUCUGCUAUAAUGGUCCAGGUUUUGAAAAUAACUAGGCCAUUCUGCCACUAGUUCAGCUAUCUUGCAAUUCCUGUCCCUGCAACCCAACCGUGCAUGUUCUUCAAAUUCAGAAGAACCCCACUGUGGCACUGGUUUUCUGACAGUUUCUUUUGAGAUACAAAUCCGGACUUAUCAAGAAGGUCUUGACAUCUCUACAGUACAUGGUCAGGGUCAUUCCCAUAAAUGAGAGAGAGACAAGAGAUUUGCAGAAGUCCGUUCACAAAAAUACACUCUGACACGGUCCUUCUUGAUCUGUGUGCAUUGCCUCUUCAUAUUUGUCACUGUGUGAGAACAAAACACACCUGAUGUCUGCACAGAUUCAUGCAGCUUUAUCAGCGUGUCUCCUCUAUUCAGUAACUAUCAGCCUCUGUAAUAACCAGUGUGGGCUUGUUUGGGAGAUAAAACUUCAGAAUGAGGGCAGCUGGGAAGAUUGAUUUCUAUCACUCCCCUGACAACACAGAGCCAGGCAACAUCAUUCUUCCAUAACUGCUUCAUGGAAUCAUUGAGUUGGGAUGGUCAACUGCAAAUGCAGAAAAUUGGCUGCUACAGAAUCCCUCAUAGCCUUUUAAAAGGUUAUUAAGCCUCUGCUUGAAAACUUCUACCACUUUCAGUGCUAUUCAGUCCCACUGCUGAACACUCUAUAUACCCUGUGGUAGCCAGUCUCCAUUUGGAUUGGUAGGGCAGAAGACAAGGAGGCCAACAGUAGGUGGCGCCAGAGCCAACAACAGAUUUGUUGUUGUUUAAUCAUUUAGUCAUGUCCGACUCUUCAUGACCCCAUGGACCAGAGCACACCAGGCACUCCUGUCUUCCACUGCCUCCCACAGUUUGGCCAAACUCAUGUUGGUACCUUCAGAGCUUGCAGGGCAGCAGUUGAAGAAGGAGCAAAAAGGGUUUUCUUGUGUGUGUGUGUUUCUUUGUGGCUGAUUAGCUGCUCUCCCUGUGCAAAGGUCAGAGGGGGCAGGGUUUCUGUUGAGGCAGGUGAUUAGCUGUGGGAGGAGCUUAUCAGAGCUUGCAGGGCAGCAGUUGAAGAAGGAGCAAAAGGGUUUUCUGUGUGUGUGUGUGUGUGUGUGUGUUUCUUCGUGGCUGAUUAGCUGCUCUCCCUGUGCAAAGGUCAGAGGGGGCAGGGUUUCUGUUGAGGCAGGUGAUUAGCUGUGGGAGGAGCUUAUCAGAGCUUAUCAGAGCUUGCAGGGCAGCAGUUGAAGAAGGAGCAAAAAGGGUUUUCUUGUGUGUGUGUGUGUGUGUGUGUGUGUGUGUUUCUUUGUGGCUGAUUAGCUGCUCUCCCUGUGCAAAGGUCAGAGGGGGCAGGGUUUCUGUUGAGGCAGGUGAUUAGCUGUGGGAGGAGCUUAUCAGAGCUUGCAGGGCAGCAGUUGAAGAAGGAGCAAUAAGGGUUUUCGUGUGUGUGUGUGUGUGUGUGUGUUUCUUUGUGGCUGAUUAGCUGCUCUCCCUGUGCAAAGGUCAGAGGGCGCAGGGUUUCUGUUGAGGCAGGUGAUUAGCUGUGGGAGGAGCUUAUCAGAGCUUAUCAGAGCUUGCAGGGCAGCAGUUGAAGGAGCAAAAAGGGUUUUCUUGUGUGUGUGUGUGUGUGUGUGUGUUUCUUUGUGGCUGAUUAGUUUGAUCCAUCUUUUAGAUUUAGGGGAGCUAGUCUCAAACGUUUGUUGGGGAGACCUAGGUUUUUUUGUGGGGGGAGUUAUUUGUCCUGUCUUCACGCUUUUUAUGAUGGAGGACCGCUGUAGCCACCCCCAACAACACAUUCUCAAGAUGGAGGGGAAGGGAACAGCUGCAGUCGCCUGCGGUUCCUGCGCAAUGUUUGCCAUCUUGCCAAAGGUUGCAGGCAGCUUUACCUGCAGCAAUUGCAUGUUGAUUGCCCUCUUAAAAGACAAAGUCCAGCAACUGGAGGAACGUGUAGCUACGCUCCAAAGAAUUAGAGAGCUGGAGCUCUUCUUGGAAGCAACAGAGCACACCGUCUCCACCAAGGAGGAGACAGGGGACUCCCCUGAGAAGGAGGCUAGUUCACCAACACAGGAGCCAGAUAUAUGGAGAAACGUGACUCAAAGAGUUAGGAGGCCCAGGGUUCGCUCUGAUUGUUUAGAAAUACACAAUCGCUUUGAGGUCCUCUCCCCUAGCAUGGAAGACGAAGAGCAGACUCCAUUUGAGGAUCUCUCCCUCAUUACAGUCGAUCAGGUAUAUGAAGACGAGCAGCAAAGUCAGUCAUCAGGUAAUGUGCAGGCGACCUUGGAACGGACAGCUCACGGAAGAACCCCGACCAAACCUAAGAGGAGGCAUGUAGUGGUGAUAGGGGAUUCCCUACUGAGGGGAACAGAAGCAGUGAUCUGUGGGCCUGACAAGAUGUCUUGGGAAGUGUGCUGUCCCCGGGGCUAAGAUCCAAGAUGUAACUGAACGACUGCAAGGAAUCAUAAAACCCACUGACAAAUACCCCUUCCUCUUGGUUCAUGUGGGAACCAAUGACACUGCAAGCAAUAGCCUCCAGAAGAUCAAAAGAGACUACGAGGCUCUGGGCAGGAAAUUGAAGCAAUUAAAUGCACAAAUUGUCAUCUCAUCUGUCCUCCCAGUUGAACGACGUGGCCCAGGGAGAGAGGGGGAAAUAGUGGAAGUUAACAGCUGGCUUCGCAAAUGGUGUAAACAGGAACGGUUUGGAUUCUUAGAUCACGGACUGCAGUUUCUUGAAGAUGGACUUCUGGCAAGCGAUGGGCUGCACCUCACAACGGUUGGGAGAAAUGUUUUUGCCAAAAAUCUCAGAAACCUCAUCAGGAGGGCUUUAAACUGACUAAUGUAGGGGAGGGAGACAGUGCUCCUGAAGGUAGGAGUCUAUCAAUUGAUGAAGAUGAUCAUCCAAAUGUCAUAGACCAAAUGGAGUAAACAGCACGCAGACCUAGUGGUGGGAGAAAAAAAUCCUUAAAUAAGAGACACGGGGGAAUGAUUAAUGGACUUCAAUGUCUGUACACUAAUGCGCAAAGCAUGGGAAAUAAACAAGAUGAGCUUGAGCUCUUGGUACAGGAAACUAAAUAUGACAUAAUAGGCAUCACUGAAACCUGGUGGGAUAAGUCCCACGAUUGGAAUGUAAUAAUGGGGGAUACAAUCUAUUUCAGAGAAACAGACCAGACAAGAAAGGAGGAGGAGUGGCGUUAUAUGUCAGGGAUGUGUAUACCUGUGAAGAGAUCCAAGAUUUAGAACCUCAAAGCCAAAGUGAGAGCAUUUGGGUCAAAAUUAAGGGAGAGAAGAAUAACAGUGACCUCAUUGUGGGAGUUUACUAUAGAUCCCCAAGCCAAACGGAGGACAUAGAUGAUGCCUUCCUGGAACAGAUGGCCAAGCAUGCAAGAGGAAGGGAGAUAGUAGUAAUGGGGGACUUCAAUUACCCGGAUAUUUGUUGGAUGUCAAACUCAGCCAAGAGCAUAAGGUCAAACAGAUUCCUCACUGGCCUUGCAGACAACUUCAUUGUCCAGAAAGUGGGAGAAACAAUAAGAGGAAUAGCCAUUUUAGAUCUGGUCCUAACCAAUGUUGAUGACCUGGUUAGUGGGGUAGAAGUGGAAGGAUCAUUAGGCGCGAGUGAUCAUGCUCUUCUGAAGUUUACUAUACAGCGGAAAGGAGCAGCCAAGCAUACUAGGACUCAAUUUCUUGACUUUAAGAAAGCCGACUUCAUAAAACUUAGGGAAGUGCUGGGUGAGAUCCCAUGGACAGUAAUACUAAAAGGAAAGGGAGUUCAUGAUGGCUGGGAGUUUGUUAAGAGGGAGAUAGUAAAAGCACAACGUCAGGCAAUACCAAUGAGACGGAAACAUGGAAGGUGCCUAAAGAAGCCAGGGUGGCUAUCUAAAGAACUUUUAACUGAGUUAAGAUUUAAAAAGGAUGUGUACAAAAAAUGGAAAAGGGGAAACCACCAAAGAGGAAUUCAAACAAAUAGCCAGCACGUGUAGACACAAAGUCAGAAAAGCUAAAGCACAGAAUGAACUCAGGCUUGCUAGAGAGGUUAAAAGCAACAAAAAGCCUUUUAUGGGUAUGUUCGUAGCAAAAGGAAGAACAAAGAAACAGUGGGGUCACUCAGAGGAGAAGAUGGUGAAAUGCAAACAGGGGACACAGAAAGGGCUGAACUCCUCCAUGCCUUCUUUGCCUCAGUCUUCUCUGAUAAAGAAAACAAUGCCCGACCUGAAGAAUUUGGAGCAAAUGAUUCAGCAAAGGAAACACAGCCCAGAAUAACUAAGGAGAUAGUACAAGAAUACUUGGCUAGUUUAGAUGUAUUCAAGUCUCCAGGGCCAGAUGAACUGCAUCCAAGAGUAUUAAAAGAACUGGCAGAUGUGAUCUCAGAACCACUGGCAGUCAUCUUUGAGAAUUCCUGGAGAACAGGCGAAGUCCUGGCAGACUGGAGGAGGGCAAAUGUUGUCCCUAUUUUCAAAAAGGGGAAAAGAGAGGACCCAAAUAAUUACCGCCCAGUCAGUCUGACAUCAAUACCAGGGAAGAUUCUGGAGCAGAUCAUUAAGCAAACAGUCUGUGAGCACCUAGAAAGGAAUGCUGUGAUCACCAAUAGUCAGCAUGGAUUUCUGAAAAAUAAGUCAUGUCGGACUAACCUGAUCUCGUUUUUUGACAGAAUUACAAGCCUGGUAGAUGAAGGGAACGCAGUGGAUGUAGCCUACCUUGAUUUCAGCAAGGCAUUUGACAAGGUGCCUCAUGAUAUUCUUGUAAAGAAGCUGGUAAAAUGUGGUCUUGACUAUGCUACCACUCAGUGGAUUUGUAACUGGCUGACUGACUGAACCCAAAGGGUGCUCAUCAAUGGUUCCUCUUCAUCCUGGAGAAGAGUGACUAGUGGGGUGCCACAGGGUUCUGUCUUGGGCCCGGUCUUAUUCAACAUCUUUAUCAACGACUUGGAUGAUGGACUCAAGGGCAUCCUGAUCAAAUUUGCAGAUGACACCAAACUGGGAGGGUGGCUAACACCCCAGAGGACAGGAUCACACUUCAAAACGACCUUGACAGAUUAGAGAACUGGGCCAAAACAAACAAGAUGAAUUUUAACAGGGAGAAAUGUAAAGUAUUGCACCUGAGCAAAAAAAAUGAGAGGCACAAAUACAAGAUGGGUGACACCUGGCUUGAGAGCAGUACAUGUGAAAAGGAUCUAGGAGUCUUGGUUGACCACAAACUUGACAUGAGCCAACAGUGUGACGCGGCAGCUAAAAAGCCAAUGCAAUUCUGGGCUGCAUCAAUAGGAGUAUAGCAUCUAGAUCAAGGGAAGUAAUAGUGCCACUGUAUUCUGCUCUGGUCAGACCUCACCUGGAGUACUGUGUCCAGUUCUGGGCACCACAGUUCAAGAAGGACACUGACAAACUGGAACGUGUCCAGAGGAGGGCAACCAAAAUGGUCAAAGGCCUGGAAACGAUGCCUUAUGAGGAACGGCUAAGGGAGCUGGGCAUGUUUAGCCUGGAGAAGAGGAGGUUAAGGGGUGAUAUGAUAGCCAUGUUCAAAUAUAUAAAAGGAUGUCACAUAGAGGAGGGAGAAAGGUUGUUUUCUGCUGCUCCAGAGAAGCGGACAUGGAGCAAUGGAUCCAAACUACAAGAAAGAAGAUUCCACCUAAACAUUAGGAAGAACUUCCUGACAGUAAGAGCUGUUCGACAGUGGAAUUUGCUGCCAAGGAGUGUGGUGGAGUCUCCUUCUUUGGAGGUCUUUAAGCAGAGGCUUGACAACCAUAUGUCAGGAGUGCUCUGAUGGUGUUUCCUGCUUGGCAGGGGGUUGGACUCGAUGGCCCUUGUGGUCUCUUCCAACUCUAUGAUUCUAUGAGAACACUGUCCAACCAUCUCGUCCUCUGUCCUCCCCUUCUCCUUGUGCCCUCAAUCUUUCCCAACAUCAGGGUCUUUUCCAGGGAGUCUUCUCUUCUCACUACUGAGGUGGCCAAAGUAUUGGAGCCUCAGCUUCAGGAUCUGUCCUUCCAGUGAGCACUCAGGGCUGAUUUCCUUCACAAUGGAUAGGUUUGGUCUUUUUGCAGUCCAUGGGACUCUCAAGAGUCUCUUCCAGCACCAUAAUUCAAAAGCAUCAAUUCUUCGACGAUCAACCUUCUUUAUGGUCCAGCUCUCACUUUCAGCAACAGAUAGUGCCAGCUAAUUCUCACUUUGACCCCUGUUGAUCUGUGUGAAUCUUUCUCCCUGUUGAGUUCUAGAAGGCUAAGGAGGAGGCAGCUGACAGCCAGGACCUCCCCACCACCUCACCCUUCCCACCCUUCCUUUCUCCCUCCCAGUAAGCAGCAGUAACUCUGCUGCCAGGAGGUCAUGUGAGCAGCACCCUCACAGUCUGCUACAGCAGCCUCAGGACCACUCCUUGGAAUGGGAGUAAGUAAGAGGGCAGGCAGAAGGGCAUAGUGAAGUUAUUGGAACAGUAUCCCAUUUGCCCUAACAAACAUGCCUUUGCUGUUCAUUCUGCCAAGAAGUCCUUCCUCACGUUAAUACAAAUUGUGUCCUCCCUAAAAGAGGGCAUGUGUUGCGGUAAGACUUGGAGACUGACCACCUGUGUUGUGGGUGGGUAAGAUUGGUCAGCCACAACACCCAAUUGGUAGGUCCCUUAAUGUUGGGUUCAAUCUGGCCAAUGGGGUGCAGUCUAAACGGAUCAAGGGACGUAUAUAUACCCAUGCACAUGACCCAGAGCUUCCUCUGUCGGCUCAUGCAUUCGGAACACCAGCCCACCUCACCCUACUUUUAGGGCAUUUUGUGAUUGACCUUGCUAUGACGUUGUGUGUUGUCUGUCGUUGGGGCAGGGGCAUGGCAGAAAUUUCCCCACUUGGCUGAUUGGCGGUUGCUAUUCGGGUUUCACCUGCCACAUAGCAAAUCAUCACAACUUGUAAGGUUGUGGAUAGGCACUGGUUCAGGUGUUAGGGAUGGGAGAAUGGUCUCGCCAUUCCUUUGUGAAGGGUAUUCCGUUAAAGGAAUCCAGGGACUCAACUGGUUUGGUCAACCCCUGAGAGGGGAUUGUGCCCGUGCCUGAGUCCAGGGGGGCAUCUGGGUGGUGAACAUAGUCUGUUCCCAACUUUUUGCCUACCCAGGGUCACCCUUGGUUGACCUAUGCUGGUGCCCUGGGUCAGCGCUGCCUGCAAGAGUGCAGGGAGCAAGUCAAACCAGAGCCUAUGCAACCACUCACCUUCUAUAAUCAAUAAAGCUGUGGCCUAAUUUCUGCAAAAAACCAAAAUGAAAAUUUGAGUCAAGUGUGUCCUUAUUUAGGGGGGAGGUCUCUGGGUCUGAACACGCAAAAUCCCCUUUCUUAUAAUAUGAAUAACUUUCGUGUUGUAAAUGUAUUUGGCAGAAAGAGUCCCAGGGAGCUUACUAUCGCCAAUACACACCUAAAUUCUGUAGCAGCAGUGACUGUUCCGAGUUCUCAAACGGCCCAUACCUUGUCCAUCCUUGUUUAUUUUUUUAUUUUUUUUAAGAAAUCAAUUAUGUGCAGGAAGAAGUUGCCUUUUUCUUUAUUAAGUCCUUUAUUUGCUGAUUCAGGUGGACUUCCUGGAGAGGUUUGGCACAUUCCUCUGCUGCUGACCCAAAUACCAAGCUAUACUCUCUAACUACAAUAAAAUUCUUGACAACUUUUUUUCAGCUCCCUGUUACCUCUGGAAGAUCUUUUUCAAACUUUUUCAAACAGUAUUUGCCAAAUAGUAUUAUGAAUUUAGUCCGUUUGGCUAUUCUUUCAGACAGAGUUGGUUUUUCCAAAACUCUACUGUCCCUAUCUGGUUCAGAGAAUGCAGUUGCUGCUUACAGUAACUUAGAGAGUAUUCACCUUGAAAGUGCGUUUUGAUACAGAACUUGUUUCCUUCACAAGGGGUACUUCCAGACUCUUGCUAUUUGGGGGCAGUAUUCAACCGUAGAUUGGCAAAUUAAGGUUGCACAAUUAAAGUUGAUUCCAUGCUCUUGAGCAACAAAUCUGUCCCUCCCUCCCCCCAAAAAUUGAUUUUUUUUUCUGAUAAGGAAAAAUACACUGAAAAGUGUGAGAUAACUAUUGUUCAAUGCAACAUCCAGCUCUGUCCCAGAAGGUGCAGGUGUCCUCAGUGGCCAGGAGUUUCUUUUACCAACUUCAGUUGGUAAGACAGUCCUGGCCAUUCCUGUAUUGAAAUAACUUGACCACAGUCAUCCAUUUACUUAUUUAUUUAAAUACAGUAUUUAUGUACUGCUUGGAUUGGCUAAAUUGAACCCUCUUCUAGAAAUGUACUCUUUCCCCCUCAUGAUUUAAAUGUCUCCAAACACCUUCAACAUUUCCCAACAGAACCCCAUCGGAUAAAGAGAAUGUGAAGCUUAUUUCUGUGAAGACAACUUCUCCAGAAAAUGGUAAGUCAUGAUUGCUCAUCGCUGCCUAUACUGGGAACUAGGGUGGGUUUCUUUAAAAAUGGUUAAGUUUAAAGGAAACAUCUUUUUUUCUAUUACCAUUUCUAUUAGACUUCAUAGUUGGCCUGGGCAUGAAAAGAGUGUACUCGGGGCAGAGACCCAUGUGACACAAAUUUGCAUUAAAUUUGCAUAUUCUAAAUUAUGUGUGUAAGUGUCUCUGCUGGGUGAAUUGAGUCUCACCCAGGAAGUUUCUCAAAAGCUACAGAAUAGGGCAAGAGGUUUGGAGCCCAUGUCAAAAAACGUGAAGCUCAGCCCCUCUAACAAUGCCCACAGCACAUCCUCACCAUGCCUAGCACACCUCUGAGGCUCCCCAGAGCAGUCAUACUUUUCUCUAUUUACUUACCGUUACAAUCCCUCCCCUCUACGGCUGGCCCUACCAUGAGGCAGAAUGAGUCUGCUGCCUCAGGUGAGUGGAUGCUGUGGGAGGGGGCACCAUCUUGCCCUUCUCCUGAGGCAACAAAAUAUCUUGGUUCAGCCCUGCUCCUUCCUUCCAUUACAGAACUCAAGUAGGUAUAUAAUAGGAGCGAACCAGCAGUAAAUCAUGGCAUGCAAGUUGGAAUUCAAUCUUUAUAAGCAAAAACACAACCUGCACAGGAGUGUUAGGCCUCAUGAGCACAGCAACUCAUAUUCAGUAGGUCUUGCCCCCAUGAAGCAGUUGCUAAGACUGAAGGUCCCUGUCUCCCCACAGCUUCCUCACUAGGAUUUUUCCCCAAGCAAUCAAAUACUGUGUCUGUGCAUCGCCCAUCUCUCCUCCACCCUUUUCAUGGCAUUCCUGGUUCUGGGAGACAAGGGGGAAGGGGAGACACCUGUGACUCUUCACCAGCCUGAUUCAUCUCUGCCUUUUGGCCUCUCUCCUCCCAUCCUCCUGCUUCAGCUUCUGCCUCUGAUUCUGGAUCUCUUUCUACCACAGACUUUCCCAGCUCACUAAGCCCUGUUGCCUCCUCAGCUUCCAACACCUGCUCCGAGUCUUCUCACCUCUUUGUUGUCCCACCAGCACUCCCCAGGCUCUAAGCCUUCUUCCCUUGGGGGUUCCCCAGCUGGUUCCUCCUAUCAUUCCUCUGUGUCCAACCAGUACAAGACAGUAUACCUGUGGUUCUCAGGGACUCAGUCAUCCCUGCACUGACCAGACCCACACCUAAGCUCCAGCAAGAUGGUUCCUUCAGACCAGACCCUAAGAUUGAUUAUCCCACUGAAAAAUCCCUAAUAAAACCUUCCCAAAAUUCUAGGACUCAGUAGAACGCAGUUCAAAAAACACUACUAUAGAGUUAUCAAAGUAUUCCUCUUAUCCUUGGUGAUGUCUAACUUGCAGCAACAGGAGAAUCACACUGACAGAUUCUUUAUUUUUUUAGGAAAUUGGGAAUGAGCUUCUAAUGCCUCUGGGAGCUUCUGAAUCUUCCACCUUGGCUCUGAGUCCUCUUUUUGCAGAGCAAAAGCUUGAUAAACUCGUUACUGAACAAUGUUGUGUGCAUACUAUAUUUGGAAGAGAACUGAGUCAUAACCACUCGAGAAACAUUAUUUUUCCCCGCUUCCCUCUCACACUCCAGCUAAUUUGAUUCAUAUUUAAUACACUUUGCAGCUGAAUUUUCAGAAGUUUAAUACCUUUUCAGCUCAUACACAUUUCCAUAAGUAUAAAAUCCACUUUUGCCUUUCAGGUCCUGUGGAAUGUUGAGGGGGUUUUUUUCAGGAAAAGGGCUUGAAAGUAAAGGUUCUUCUCCCUCUAAAUCCUCCUUGGAUGUUCCUUUUUCAUAUGUGUAAUCACAUUCACCUUUAUCUGUGUCUUCUGAAGGAGCGAGGCUAAUUUCUUGAGUUCUGUACACAACCCAGGUCAAAGCAGUUCAAUAACAGCAGGAAAUGCACAGAAAGAUGGGCAACUGCCCAAAAGGUACAGCUUAGUUCUGUGUUGCAGUGUAGAUUUAACACAUAACCAUGGUUUAAGAAAACUUAACCAUGGUUAUGGGUUAUCUCUGCUCUGGUUCGCACAGUUGCUGCUUGACUUGGGAUGCGAAUGAAAUUUGAUUCAGUUCUCAUGCAAAGGUGAUCUUUACAUCCACAUUUUCCAAAGCAAAGCAUGAACCAAAACACAACCAUGCUUUGAAAUUCGCACUUCUCUGAAUUUGGCAGUGCUAUUCUCCCACCAGGUAAUAUACUAGGGUAAAUAAGCACAACAACAUGCAUGUAUUUGUAAAAAUAGAACACACAAAUGUUAGGAGAAAUUGCUUUGCAAAAUAUAUUAGGCAAAAUUGCAUAUUAGGAGAAAUUAGCGUAAAAAUGAUGAUGAAUUUUUGUGAUGACUUUUAAAAAAAUCACUAACUGAUGUAGAAAUGUGGAGAACUGAACUUCAGAUUAGAGGUAUUAGAACUGAAGAGAAAAAUUACAGAUUCACCCAUCCCUAUUUUUGGCAUAAGAUAACAUAGGCUAUUAACCCCGUCAGUCAUCUUUGAGUGAUGGCACAUCUAGUACCUGUUUUAUAUUCAAGACAGUGAAUUAACUGUGCACUGUCCCCUGAACCAAAGAACAACCCAUCCUCUCUCUAUUUUCCUUGAUCUGGGGGAUGGGGAGAACUCUUGCAGGUCUGCAUGAAGAGCCCUGCCAGAAAGCUCCAUAAAACCUUGUUAAUACACCAGUGAUGUUACCAAUAUCUGUGCGGGGCCUGAAUUCCUUAACUGUGAUUCAAGAGACAGCACAAUGCCUUUGUAAGCAUAAUAAGCACCCCGCUAGAUCAGACCAAAGGCCUAUCUAGACCAGCAUUCUGUUUUCACUAUGGCCAACCAGAUGGGUCAACAAGCAGGAUGUUAGCACAAUAACACUUUCCUGCUCUGGAUCUGUAGCCUCUGGCAUUCUGUAUGCUGAUGGUGCUAAGCAGAUUUGGUUUUCACCUAAUAUAGUUUAGUAAGAUUUCGUAUUAUGCUCUACAUCUCCGAUAUAUAUCUACUCCCCAUUAACAUUUAUUUUCCUUCUGGGCCAGGAAUGUCCAGUUUCUUGAAUCUUUCCUCAUAUGACUUGCCUUUAGGCAUGUCGUUACCUCUGGAGCCCUUCAAACCAAUGUGAGUACUCCCAUUGGUUACAAGAUUUCAGGCAAGGUCCAUGCAUUUGACUGUGUGCUUAGAAAUUUGGUCUAAAUUGAUGCCAUGAAGGUUGGGCUUAAGUUACUUCCAGAAGACACUUACCGUGGUGGUGGAAUAUAUAUGUGUGUGUGUAGAGCUACAUCAGGGGAAGCCAAUGUGGUGAGACCUCCAGAUGCAGUGGACUACAACUCCCAUCAGCCCCAGCUAGCAUCACAAACUAUAAGUGAUGAUGGGAGUUGUAGUCCAAAACAUAUCUCUGAGCUACCUAUACUUGGGAAAAGAUUAACCUUCGCCCCCCCUUUUUUUAGAACUACAAAUGAGUAACUAAACUCAUUUCUAAUUAUGCAUCUGUACGCAAUGCAGACAUACUAGAUUAAUAUGUGGGCCACAUUUCUCUGGAUAGCUGUCAUUUCUGUGGCUCUCCUCCACUGACUGCAAUGGCACAUGGCUAAUACAGCAAACUCUGGUGUGAUUAUGCCUUUGUGCCCAAUUAAUUGACAUGCACUUCCUAUUUCUUAGGCGAUCAGGCUUCUCAAGGGAAGAAUAGAACUCGGCAGCAGAAUGAUUCGUCUUCUUCACACCUUGGCAACAAACGGGUAUGUUGAAGACCUUCCAUUUGCUAAACAUGGCCUUGAUAUUUCUUCUUUUCAGUGCUAAUCAAAUGUUUUUUGGUGGGAAAGGCAGAGAACCCUUUUGGUGGGAAAGGCAGAGAACCCUUUGGUGGGAAAGGCAGAGAACCCAAAAGGGUUUGGAGCAAAUUCUGCUAUGGGUUCCUGAACUACAAUGGCAAAGUGGAUAUGGUGCCGUUUGGAGCUUUGGCACAUCGGGGUUUACAAGCCCUGGAGAAAGAAAAUGGAAGGUUGUUUGUGGAAGUUUUAGGUAGAAGCUGGGCAGAAUUGAACUUGGGCCUCAUAAGACACUGCAUAAAGGUAACAUGGCACCUCCCAGCUGUAUCAUGAAGCAGAAUACUUCAUCAGCUGAGACCAUCAAACAAUGAGUUUCUUCACUCCCACUGGCAAUGACAUGGGUGUGAAUCACAGGGGGAGGAAUUCAAAGUGUGAUGACCCACCCAACUUAUGCAAUGAACUUUUUGAAGUACAACCAGGAGGUAGAAAACUUGCCACCAGAAUACUUUGUCAUGGUGUAGGUCAGGGAUGUCCAAAUGAUCAACCAUGAUCAACAGGUCAAUCCCUGGAUGAUCACGGUUGAUCUUGGUUGAUCACGGGGUCCCUAUCGAUUGGUGGAAGAGAAAAACAAUGGAUUGAAAGCCCCGCCCCCACGCUUUGUUCCUCCAUUGCGUUAAAUGGGCAGACUUCAAUCAUCUGUUUCUGACGAGUUUGCAUACAGAAGUAGUCAUUACUGCUGCGUCAUGGUUUAAAUUUGGCUCCCCCCCAAAGAAAAGGUCAACAACUUUGGCCUCUCCCCCCCCCCAAGGGUAGAUGACUUCCAGUAUUUUUAUACUGGGAGUAGAUCGCAGUCUCUUGGGAGUUGGACGUGCCUAGUGUAGGUAAUGUCUCAACUGGUUCUUAGGUUGUGGUUAGGAAGGACUUGGCUUCUACAUUCACUUGUCCUAGAGAUGUUAAGAUAAGAUAGAGUCGUGGGGAUUUACAUCUCUCCAUUUGCCCAUAUCUAAGAAUUUGAGCUUUAUAACUGCAGCUUGAUACAACAGGGCUCUUUUUUUUUUUUUAGCACCCUAAAAGCAGCCUAGCUGACCUUCCUUUUAUGAACCCAGAAUGAUCUUUCUGUAAUAAAUAACCCUGUGCAACAUUGCCGUGUUUCAGGUGUGAAGACAUCCUGUUUCAUGAAUUCCUCCUGGAAGGAGUCACUCACCAAAGCGGACGUCCCAAUGGAGCAGGGUGGAUUCAUGGCGUCUCCACAUUUACAGACAGAAUGUGCACACUUACUUCAUAAUAGUUUUAUCUACAAAUUGCCACUUUCCCCUCAUAUAUUCCUGCUGUUUUUAUAUUUUUUUAUAGUGGCUCUGUUAACUGGUGUAUAGUACAUAUUUAUUGAUUUCCCCAUAUGUAAAAGCACUGAAAUGUUCACAGUUUAUAAUACUAAUGUCAAAUCGAUAUUUAACUGUUGGUGAGAAAUUCUGUAUAUAUAUAAAAUGUUCUGCCUGUAAAGGGGGGGAAGUUCAUACAUUUUCUUGUAGUUCUAGUUUUUCAAAAAUAGUCAUACCACAUGGACCACAUGGAGGGCUUUGUGUAGGCAGAACUGCACACUGGUGUCCUUACUUUCCAUCCCCGUGCCUCCAAAAAACUCUGCUCCCAGUAGUUGGGGGACCCAGUGGUUGAGGUGUGGUGUAGUUAAGAGCAGUAGAGUCGUAAUCUGGUGAACCGGGUUUGCGUCUCCGCUCCUCCACAUGCAGCUGCUGGGUGACCUUGGGCUAGUCACACUUCUUUGAAGUCUCUCAGCUUCACUCACCUCACAGAGUGUUUGUUGUGGGAGAGGAAAAGAAAGGAGAAUGUUAGCUGCUUUGAGACUCCUUAGGGUAGUGAUAAAGUGGGAUAUCAAAUCCAAACUCUUCUUCUUCUUCUUCUUCUUCUUCUUCUUCUUCUUCUUCUUCUUCUUCUUCAGACAGCUGUGUGAUCUGGGGCAGAGUACCACAUAUGGAGUGUGUGUUUGCAGGGAAGAAUUCCCCCCUGCUUUACUUGAACUGUUCUUCAAGCACAUAUCUAAUUCUUCAGAUAAUGACCUACUUCAUAUAUCACAUAAACCGGAGUUUAAAAACAAGCCAUGGUUUAUUGUGAACUAGCAACAUGCCGGGUGCAUCCUACUCAAAAGUUCCCAUGGCACUCCUUUCCCACUGCUGCUAUGCUGUGGAUGAAGCAGGCCAAAUUCUGCCUUAUCAUGUCACCCAUACCUGUACUGAUGAUUAGUUUCCCCUCAAACAAACCAUGAGUGGUAACCAAGGUUCAUUCAUAGCCUACCACUCAUAGUUUGUUUGGAAAAAACAAAGUAUGAGCUCAGGUUUUGAUAACACGACAAACCAGACUAUGGCUUGGUUUAUCUGUGGCAUGGCAGCAGCAGGAGUGGGGAAGAACUUCCACAGGGAAAGAGCAUGCUGCCUCAUUCCAUGAAACCAUUGUUUACAGUAUUUUAAACUAUGGCACAAUGCAGGAUUGGAGAUCCUGCGGCCAUCAGUAUGUUGCUGGACCACAACUCCCACCAUCCUUCAUUGUUGGCCAGGGUGCUGCAGUGGCUGAGGUUGAUGGCAGUUGGAGCCUAACAACAACUUGAGGGUUACAGUUACCUCAGUCCAAGUUUUACAUAAUUUGUCAGCUGUGCCAAUAUCACAAAUGGUUCCAGUUCCUUUGAUAAAGCUUUCCAAAGCUCAAGCUCAUUAAAACUUAUUUGUUCUUAGUGGCUGAUGAGAGAUUGACAUUCCUUGCUAUUUGAUCGAAUGAAAAUGCCACAGGCCAGUCUUUGGAUCUCAGCAAUGCUGUGCUUCAUUUUCCAAGGGCAAAGGUGGAAAAAUGACCUUUUGAACGAAUAGACCAAGGCACGCUGGAUUCUAAAGCUGUCACCUGCUGUGUCUGCUCCACCCAGAGGAGGUGCACAGUUCCUGGUGUUACCACAUUUGUUAUUCUUUAAAAUUAUAAAGUUUCUGUAAGCUUGGGGGUAAUACAUUAGUUUGAUUUACUUAUAUAUGGCAGGAACAACAAAAAAAAGAUGUACAGAGAUCCAUGUGAGCAAGUGAAUGCAAUAAAUCAAAUGUGCAAAUUGUGCAUCAAAGCCAUGAGAUGGGAUAUAAAUGCAUUAAAAAUAGAGUAUUGGAGAAAUUGAGGAGGUGCUGAGUAUGCUCCUAAGCUUGGGUUCCACUUGGGGCUUUCCUAAAUUAAGAGCAUUAUUUAGCUGUUUAUACCAUAUUUCCCCCAUAUGAAUUAGACCAGAGUAGUUCAUACCCACACGUAUUUGAAUUUGUUCAUGAGGAGCAACUUUGGUUGCUGAUUUUGUUGAUUCUGUUAUGCCAAUUAAAUAUGGACUGGGCAUAUGUAGUACAGUGGUAGCUUAGGUUAAGUACUUAAUUCGUUCCGGAGGUCCGUACUUAACCUGAAACUGUUCUUAACCUGAAGCUAAAGAGCUAAUGGGGCCUCCCGCUGCUGCCACGCUGCCGGAGCACGAUUUCUGUUCUCAUCCUGAAGCAAAGUUCUUAACCUGAAGCACUAUUUCUGAGUUAGCGGAGUCUGUAACCUGAAGCGUAUGUAACCUGAGGUACCACUGUAGUGGGCAUGGAAAGGGGAGUAGAAGGACAUGAGGUGACUAGCAUUAGAUGAAGGUUGAAUUCUUCAUGUGUCCAUCUACUUAAAUAAAAGAUGGGACACUUUGGACGGCUGGUGUGUGUGGAAAGUUUCUUCUGCAUCUCCCCCCUUAUCAAUUCAUGGGGGGGGUUGCAUUUGAACAUUAGCAGGGGGGAGAGAAAACCCUGAAGCAAAUCUCAUGGGCAAGAUACAUAGGUUUUGUUGUGCUUAUUUUACAUUUGAGGCAGCUGAGGAGAUUUUUGUCAGUGCCCUGAGAAACAGGAGGGGAAACAAGGGCUUAUUUGCAGAGGAUUUGGGGGGGGGGGUUAUAUUGUUGAGAAUCGCCCUGAGACCUGAGGGUAUAGGGUGGUAUACACAUUUAAAUAAUAACAACAGCGAUUUAUGAGGGCAGCUUUCGGCACAGCACCACCCCUGAAAAUCCUGGUAAUCUUCUUCAGCCAUCCCACUUGUGGAAUUUUAAACCUGGAUCCAAAUUCUGCAAUGCAGGUAAAUAUUUGAUAAUGAGUGCUGUAUGGAAGGCAGAACUGGUUAAGACUUCAACUCUCUUGUCAUUAUGGGAAAGGUUAAGCCUCCUGGUUUUAUAAUCGCCCAAACCUGCCUCAGUGCUUUCGAAAUUGAGAAGUGAGGAUGAUUUAUUGUGCUAGAAAUUCCUUAUCCUCUGUUGCUUUUCAGCUUAGUUGUCACUGAGCUUCUUACAAAUCUCACAUAAAGGGCACGGAUGUGGCAAUUUGCAAAUGCUUUAAGGUAAUCCCUAUAGUUUUAUCUACACUUUCAGCUAACUUUGUUGUCUGCUGCAAGCAUUAUGCAAACAAGGAUACAAAAUCGGAAAGAUUUCUCACUCAGAACUGAACAGAUUAUCUCAACAGAAGCCAAACCUUAUUUAAGGGAUUAUACUUGAAGAAGGAUAAAUAAAUAUUAGAUGUUUUUAAAUAGAGCUGCUCCAGAAAGCCAGCAACCAUUGUGUUCAGGUAGGAUAUUGUGAGUUUUCUGUUGUAUCUAAAUAUUGCUACAAAAAUUCUGGUAUACUUAAUCCAAUCCACAGUACUUUCCUUGUAAGCAUCUCAAAGUUUUUCAAUAGGUUCAUGUUGUAGCAAUACCAUUCUCUGCUAUUUUAUUUUACCUUAACAUUGCACAUGCACUUAUAAAAACAUCACAUCACAAACCCAGGAAGGUACUAUAACAAAUAAUAUUAUUGGGUUAUGGUAAUUCAGUACACUAGGCAAAAGCAGGGCUUUAAAGGAUCAGAAGGAGAUUUUGGCCCCAUUUGCACUACAUAUUUAAAGCAUCAUCAUACUGCAUUAAACAGGUAUGGCUUCCCCCAAAGAAUUAUGGGAACUGUAGUUUAUUAAGGGAACUGAACAUUGAUAAGAGACUCCUAUUCCUUCAAAGGAAUUUCUACCAUUUGGAGAAUUUGCACAAACAUCCCAUUCUCACUUUUUCUACCCAGGCACCCCCCCCCCCAAAAAAACACCCAGACAUCCCAGAAAAUGUUUCUGUACAUGUGCAGCAGUGAAGUUUAUGUUGUUAAUUCAUUUUUGAGGGCACCAGGAUAAGGCCCUCAGUUCAAAUUAAUCCCUGGCUGUAUCUGUGUAUGACAAUGACCUAGGCUGAUCAUAUUUCCUAGAGCAGAGGUCAGCAAACUUUUUCAGCAGGGAGCUGGUCCACUGUCCCUCAGACCUUGUGGAGAGCCAGACUAUAUUUGGGGGGGGGGGGAUGAACAAAUUCCUAUGCCCCACAAAGAACCCAGAGAUGCAUUUUAAAUAAAAGGACACAUUCUACUCAUGUAAAAACACGCUGAUUUCCGGACCAUCCAUGGGCCAGAUUUAGUAGGCCUUAGUUUGCCUACCCAUGUCCUAGAGUAACUCUAGAAGGAAAAAGUAAAUGCUUUACCUUUCCAAUUCUGCAUACAUGUCCUUUGGUUCACAAAGGUGAACCACCCCAAUAUGAAUAUGCCCUCCACAGCAGCCUUCCCUACACCAGACAUCCUACAAGGCUUAGCUGUUGAACCAAGAUACACACAUCUAAAUUAAGUCAAUAAAAUCCCCAUUAUUGCUGUUGGGGGUGGGAAAACGGAAAUGGGAAAUUAUGAAGUCUUAUUAAAUGUUUGCUCAGGCAAACUCACUUUGCUGCACAUUUGCAUACUAUUUUCAUCCCAAGGUGCCAGGCAUUUCGCAGAUAUGCAAAACCUGCAUGCUAAAUGUCUGUGUCAUGCCAGAUAUAUAAAAAAGACAGGGCAGUAUUUUUUAAAGAGAAACCAUGACAGCGAAAUUCAUUGAUUUCUGUGCAAUUGCUUGCCAACUUCCUGCACAUACUUUUUUCCUAGCCAUAAAAGUAGCAGCCGUUUGCAGUCUUUUGAUGCAGGACCCAAAAUGGAUUACAGAAUGUGUAUUGUUCAUGCUCCUUCCUUCAUUCUCUUUCUUAACAGGCCUAAGCAUAGCCAUCAAUCUCAUUAGUACGUCCUCCUCAACCCUGCCAUAUAACAAUGCUAAAAGCUUAUUGACAGUCUCAUUAACAGAUGGGUUAAGGAGUGUGUGUGUGUGUUCAUUUCAUUGUGAAGUGAAACGGCUUGUAAUGGCCUUGAACGUAUUUUCUGGUGUGUCGUUUUCCUCUCUUGCCUUCUGCAUUGAUAACAUUUAGAAAGACACAGGGCAAUCUGCUGUUUCCAAGUGAAUACUGGUGACAGCCUUAUGUUCAUGUCAGUUAAUCUUCCAAUGAAUAAGAACCUGCAAUCUCAGCAGGGCAUUGGCUUUCUUUGAAAACUGAGUUAUUGGCGGGCCAACCUGAAGAUGCUCUCGCUAAACACUAGAUGGUGCAGUGUGCAGGCUCUGACCUUUAGUUUGCAGGAAUUGCUGGUAACUGUGGCAGCUGGUAAGGUAACUGGAACUGAGCAUUUUGCCAUUAUUUCUAUCUAAGCAUAUUCUAGCCUUGUGGCAAGGGAGAUGUGAUUAUUUCUAAUUUGUCGUUCAUCAUAUUUAUGCAUUUGAGGUAAUUCGAUGAAUGGCAAUAUCGGUGAAGAACCUGCCUUAUAAUGAGUCAGAUGAACAGUCCCUUCUAAUUUGGUAAUGCGUACAACAAGCAGCAAAUUUGCAGGGUUACAGGCAGUGGGGGAGACCUUUGUUUCAUCAGCACCUUGCUGCUAGCAAAGUGCUUUGAAGCUGCAAGUUUGGGCAUUCAAAGCACCAAAUGGUGCCAUCAUUGUGAGAUCAAGUGACUGACAGAUGGGUGGUCCCACAUUCUAUCAAGGCUAAUCCUGAUAAGGAUCUGGCCCACGGAGUCAAAGGGUUUUCCCACACCUGCAACAGAUGCUCGAGAACCUACAUAAGUAAAUAAAUUUUCUUUUUGUGUGCAUAAUAUCUGCAUGAAAUCCCAUGAUCAUAGAGUUGGAAAGGCUCCAAAAGGUCAUCUAGUUCAAUCCUCUACUGAUGCAGGAUAUCCCUUACUACAACAGUGACCAUCCAGCCUCUGCUUCAAAACCUCGAGAGAAAUAUGUACAAUACUCAAGCUGAAUAGGGAGAUGCACACUGACAACAACAAGGUAGACAGCACCGAAUUCCCUAAAAGCAAUAGCAUUUAGCCCUCCUAAGAAUCUAUUUGACUGCUAGGUACACUAAAGCAGGCUUCUACAACCUCGGCCCUCUAGAUGUUUUGAGACUACAAUUCCCAUCAUCCCUGACCACUGGUCCUGCUAGCUAGGGAUCAUGGGAGUUGUAGGCCAAAAACAUCUGGAGGGCCGAGGUUGAGGAAGCCUGCACUAAAGGGUAACUUCUUCCUCCUUCCUCCUUCUCUAGCUGAAAUCAAAUUUCAUAUUUCAUAUUUUGUAAAAUAUUUCUAUCCUGCCUUAUGUCAACCGAUAUCCGUGUAGGGUACCUAUUCCACAAAAUAGUUCACACAAUGCAACUGAGCCACAUGAAAUUACGAUCGACAAUAAUAUCAGCUACCAGGAAGAUCAGAAAUCAGCUACCAAGCAGAAGGGAUUUGCUUAGCUAUUCCCUUUGGCACCCAUCCAAAAAAGCAGUAGGGCAUCUUAGAUCUAAUAGCUGCCAGUCAUCAAAUACUGUUAAUCAAGCGAUCAACCUUGACACAAGAGGUCUGCCAUAAAGCCACAGCUCUAUAUGCACGCAUCCUUGGAAGUCUGCACCACAGGACUAAUGGCGAUGACUUGCACAUGAAUAUGCAUGGGAUCAUGGUUGCAUACAGACUGAAUGUGUAGUAAGCUGAUUGAGAGCAUACUUUUUUCCUAUCAAAAGUUACAUGUAGUGCAAAUAAGGUCUUUCUCCAUUAAUCAUCCUUUACUCAGUUCAGCUUACUUGAUUCAUUCAGGGGUUUUUUUAAUAUGCUGUUCCAGAAAGUAUUUCCUGAUCUUAAGAAGUACCCUAUUGCUAAGAUCGCUUCAGAGAAAGGUCUUUGCAAUAAUAAGGCAUCUGCUUCAGGGAUAUGUUCCGCUAUCUCGGUGACAUCUGUUGCAAACCGAUAAUCCUGUUUUAUAGCGCACACUGGCUUCUCCACAUUAGUUGAUUCUCCCCCUUUGGUUUUGAAUUUUAUUUUAUUUUUUCAGUCAGGCAAAAUAAAAAUGUUCAAGCCUCCAUUGAACUUAAGCUCCAUGCUUAUGUUGGACAUAACAUUAUGUUUGCUGACUGGGAACAGUUGUGGACUACAGGUAUGAAAUUUACGGCAUGUAAUGCCCUAAGAGAGAAUAUUAUGAAAAUGAUAUACAGGUGGUACAUGACACCAGUCAAGCUUGCAAAAAUCUAUCAUUUGCCCGAUAAUAAAUGUUGGAAAUGUAAGGAAAACGAAGGUACAUUCUUUCACCUUUGGUGGACGUGCCCAAAGAUUAAGGCUUUCUGGGAGAUGAUCUAUAAUGAAAUGAAAAAGGUAUUUAAAUAUACCUUUCUAAAGAAACCAGAGGCCUUCCUGUUGGGCAUAGUCGGCCAAUUGGUGCUAAAGAAGGAUAGGACUUUCUUUAUGUAUGCCACAACAGCAGCAAGAAUACUUAUUGCAAAGUAUUGGAAGACACAAGAUCUACCCACCUUGGAAGAAUGGCAGAUGAAGGUGAUGGACUAUAUGGAACUGGCAGAAAUGACUGGCAGAAUCCGAGACCAGGGAGAAGAGUCGGUGGAAGAAGAUUGGAAAAAGUUUAAAGACUAUUUACAGAAAUAUUGUAAAAUUAAUGAAUGUUAGAAUGAUGUUGGAUAGAAACUAAGUGGUUUCUAGCUGUAAUGUUAUAAGGGAAUAUGAAAAAAUGGACUAUUAAUAGGUAAAAAUCUAAUGUUACAAUACUUUAAGAUUGAAGAUUAGGAUAAACAAAGAGGGGAGGGAUUUGCUGAACUAACAAACUGAAUUGGAAUACAGAAAAGGGAGGCGUGAGGAGGUCCGGGAAAUAAGCAAAUGAAAGAUAAGUGAUUGAAAGACUGAAUUGUUUUUAACUAUUUUUAUUUUGUAUUUUUCUUUUUCCUUUUUUUUUCUUUUGUAAUAUUUUGAAAACCUUAAUAAAUAUCUUUUUU